AUGCUCACAAGGGGCCUCCGUUGCUCCUCCUCCCCGCCCAGCCAGGCGCACGUGGCAGAGUUGGGUCAGGUGGAGGGGCGUGGCCAGAGCGGUGGGGGCGUGGUCACGCAGGCAUCGGCUCCUCCUCCCUUUCCAGCGUCUUCAUUCAUUUCUUCCUUCCUUCAUUUCGGGAGCGCCUCGAGCCCACGACCCGGGACCGUGGCUGCAGGCGGCGCGAUGAGCUGCGGAGAGUGAGUGUCGUGGGAACGGGACACGCGCGCAAAGGAAGGGGGAAAGGGGAGCAGUCUGGGGCGCGCCGCUUUUUCAGGCGCUGCAGCCUCUCCCCUUGAGCUCUGCCCAUAACUGGGUUCCCAUGGAGGCAACUUUUUCCCUUCCUAACGCUGCGGCCCCCAGGGAUGCGCUUCGAGGGGGAUGCCCGCUUGGCAGCAGGCGGAAAGGCUCCAGUCCAGAACCUGGCAGCUCCCGUUAGGUCUGGAACCGAGCCCUGGAGUGGAGAGGGAAGCCUUUCUGGGAGACGCCUCUGGGCUGACCCGGGGGGGGUGGGAUAUAAAUAAAUGUAGUACUACUAACUAUCCUAACAGUCUGAAACAUCUGGAGGGCGCCAGGUUGGUGAAGGCUGGAACUGAGGCUGCUGAGCCAGAUUGGCUGCACUGAUAUUAAUAGCACUUUGUGGUAUAAAUCGAAUUAACUGAAUAAAUUAAGUAAUCAUCUCAGUAUAAGGCAGCUUCCUCUGGGUCACGGGACUGUCUUUCUACUUCAGUGUAACUUGGGGGUUGAGCCGGCAAGAGGGGAGAAUGGGCAACGCUCAAAUGCUGGAGGCGUAUUGGAGGGGCCCCCUCCAGGUUUUCUUGGUAAAGCCACUCUUAGGAAGAGCCCUCUUGCUUUCGGAGGUGGACAUGUGGCCGGUCUGACCAUCCAGGUCGGGAGCUGAAUUCAAUAAAAAAGCAUUUGCUCCUUAUAAGGGGAGGAGGUGGUAGGAUUGGUGAUGGGGUCACCAACUUCUCCAUGGAACAUUGCACCCUGUGUCUUUUAAGGGGACUUGCAGUGUAGAUUUUAGCAGGGAGUCAAGCUUAUCUCUGUGCUGCAAAGAGCCUCUUCUGAGUUCUGGGCAUCAAGAAUCUGCUAAAGGCACAAGAGAAGUAGCCCUUUGAAGACAGAUAGCACUGGGUUUCCCUUAUUUGGCUGCAUGCACACCAUAAAGUUAAAGCACCCACCCCAAACAAUCCUGGGAACUGUAUUUGUUGAGAGUGCUGGGAAUUAUAGCUCUGUGGAAGGUAAACUACAGUUAUCAGGAUUUGGGUGUGGGUGUGCUUUAAACAGGUGUUGUGCGUGCAGCCUUAGAGACUGACCACUGAUUUUGUUGUGAUCUUUAGCCAUGGUGCAAGUAGGCUUAACAGCUGCAGUCACACUGGUGCCUUGGUGUGAUCCCUGCUUGCAAAUCCCAGGUUCAAAUCCCCGCUCCCUGGUUGGCCUUGGGCUGGCAUCUGUCACAUAGAUAAAACAGCGUGAGGCAGCCCUGAUCUUCUGGGACGAAACACAGGGAUAUAGCCAAAAUAGGAAAGUAUCUGAGUGGUUGAGUGCCAGCUUGACAUGCCAAAGAUUCCAGGUUCAAUCCUUGACAUCUCCACCGAAAAAAAUCUAACAUGGGUAACUUCCUACUGAAAACCUGUAACUUUGCAUACCACAAAUAUCCAGAGGGUUGUUGUUGUUUGUUGUCCUUCUUUUGUUCUGCUGUAGUACAAGAGUGCCCUUCCAGACAACUAGAAUGUGAUAACACUGCGGAAGAAUUGCAGAACAGAUAAUAAAGCUGAAUGAUGUGUGGACAGUCCAGUAUAAAUCCACCAUUGAUGUGCUAUUAUUGCAUCAGUGGCAUCUUGCAGAAGAAAGCUGCAAAUCAACAACAACAAAUGUCUGGAAGGGGCCCUGAGUGGUUGCAAACUUGCCUUUCUGCUAUUUUGGUACUUGUAUAUCUUCCUGAAGGCUUUUGUGUACAUGCACCAGCCUCCAAUCACAGGUAUUGGGAGUGAAAUGGAUGCUCACAUUCUCUACUACAUCAUCUGUGUGGAGUUAUCCACCCCGAAUAUGUAUAUUAAUAAUCUCUAUGUUGAGGGGGAAUAAGUCACGCCAAGUCUUGUGCUGUCUCUGAUCCUGGCUAGGUGCUUCCACGUGAGUCCCUAACUCCUUCUCCGGCUUCCAGCCUUUUCCAGGUGUUCAGCACGCGGGCGAUGGUGCCCCGAGCCACCUCCGUCGAUCGGGCCAUGAGGCUUUGCCUGAGCCACACCCCUCCCAUUCGCAAGCUGCUGGAUUCCUACGAGGAGCUGCGGGGGGGUCUUGGGCACCAGCCUUUGCGCCCUUGCCUGAACAACUGCCUGGAAGGCGAGAGGCGAGACGCCAUCAAGGGUUGCCGUGGCAAGAAAAAGAAGAAGGUGGUCUUUGCUGACAUGAAGGGCUUUUCACUCACGGCUGUCCGGAUCUUCUCCAAGAUUGAGGAGGACCUGUGUGAUUUGCACCAAGCUCUGUCUCACCUGACCAACUUCCGGAACAAGCUACGUGGCUCCCGUCCUGAGACGAAAAAAUACAUGCUGGAUUUUCCCCAACCUUCUGCUGAUUAUUUAGCCUUUCACAACCGCUUGCAAAGCAGCUAUGUGUCUCUGGAGAACUGUGUGAUCCAGGAGAAGUCCCUUUCAGGGACCAUCAAAGUCAGAAACAUCAGCUUUGAGAAGAAAGUGUACAUCCGCAUCACCUUUGAUUCAUGGAGGAGCUUCCGCGAUGUCUGUUGCCAGUACAUGCCCAACACAUACGGCCUCACUGACACGGAUGUCUUCUCCUUUGAGGUGGCCCUACCAAAGGCACCAGCUCCUUGCGGGAAUAUUGAGUUCUGUGUUUCCUUCCACUGUGGCCAGAAAGUCUAUUGGGACAACAACCACGGGAAGAAUUACAGAAUCCGCCCCGUAAUGCGUCCUUCCCCUCCCAAUGCACUCUCCUGUCUGGCAAAGGGCACCUUCACGGCUGGCGAGCCCCUGGGCACCUCUCGUGCUGCCGCUCUGGUCCUCUCUCGCUUGCACACCUGGAGGCGCUCCGAUGACCAAGCCUACUGGUAGGGAUGCUUUGGAUUGAGCUCUCUCGGCUGAGCUCCAGAUCAUGACUCUGACCCAUUGCUCUCCUGGCGGCUCUUGCAAAGAUUGUUCUGUGGCCGAUGCCACAUGCCACACUUUGGCAGUGUGCAAUUUGAUCUUCAUUUGCAACCAAGCCAUAAGCUCUUGAGGUUCAUGGCAGAAUUGGGGUUGGCUGCACCAGAGAGACUUUGACGGCCAGAAGCUGGCCAAAUCGGAGGUGCAGGUCAAGGAGAAAGCAGGCUCUCCCAAUUAUUCCACUGCAGAUGGGAAAUGGACGGUUAUCGGGGAGGAGGCUUGCCUGGUUUCAUCAGCAUGGAUUAGAAAAACUGCCUAGGACCGUCAUAGCGCCAUAUUGGUUCUUCGCCCUGCAGGCCAUUCUUAGAUCAGGGGUGCAACAAAAUGUCCCAAUUUCUACAUACCCACAUACAACCCUCUCUGUUGUCCAUCCAUUGUCAUUGCUGCCCUGGGCUCCUUUGGGAGCAAGGGCGGAAUGUAAAUUUAAUAAAUUAUUAUUAAUAAUAUCAAGCAAGUUCAAGGACACAUUCCAGCCAGGCAACAACCCUCAAAGACGGCCAAUAGUGGGUGGGGAGAGGGGUUCUGACCUGCAGAGAAUCCUGAAGGUCAGAAUGAGAGGCUGGGAAGGUCAUGUUUUGGCCCUGGUCCAGAGAUUCUUUGCCCCUGACUUCUGUCUGCCUCUCUCUCACACACACAGACAACCCUGACUCCCCAUAUUGCAAUAAAGGUACUGACCUACCUGACCGGGUGGUUGUAAGGAUUAUGACGUGAAGAGCUUUGCACGUCUAAUAUCUCCAACCCUACAUGCACCUGCCAGAGAGUAAGUCCCUUUGGCAGGACUGACAUCAGGAGUAAAUGUGCAUAGGAUUUUGUGCUGCACAAUGCUGAUGUAAAUGUCAAAUUGUUCAUUAAAUAUUGUUCCUGUGUAGACCCUGAGUGAUGCUGCCGGUCUGGCGACUGCAACCCAUCUCCUUUUCCCUUGAAGUGAGCAAUGGUUUAGGAGGUGCUUCUAAGCCGUCCUGGGAAGGUGUGCCUUGCUCUCCAUAUGACCCUGGCUGGAUUUGAGCCCCAGUGGCUGGAACUGCAGCUGAAAGCCCACAAACUGGGGGGGGGGGUAACCAGGUGUGAUGGCAGCAGGUCUCUGUGUUACAACCUGUGUCUUCUGAGAAAGUGGGGGGCAGGAAAGUGGUGUAGGCAAAGGAGCAGUGGCCGAGAAAGGGGUGCUGAGCCCUUCCCCUGCUUGCUGCAAGCACUGGUGCCAGCGGUCAGUACCAAGCAGGGGCCACACUGCCAAUCUCAGAAGCCUCCUCCCUUGCUUCUCCUCUUUACCUGCCUUAACCCAGGGAGUGAGCAGCUAUGGCAGAGGGGAGGAGAAAGCAUGGGAAACAUCUGUGUGGCUUUGCCUUUCUCCUCCUCUCUGAGAGGAGAAGCUGACUGGAUCCAGAGGGAAGGAUCCCAGCUCGGUGAUAACAGCAUCUGCUCCAGGUUAAACCCCUGCCAUACCCUGGUGCAGCUGGGAAGUGGCUCCUGCCUGCAACCCUGGGAAGCUGCUACCAGUCAUUGUAGACCAGUGCUUCCCAAACGUGGGUCUCCAGCCUCUUUUUGGACUGCAACUCCCAUCAUCCCUAGCUAGAAGACCAUUGGUCAGGGAUGAUGGGAAUUGUCCAAAAGCAGCUGGUGACCCAAGUUUGGGAAACACUGUAUGUAGACAAUAACAAGCUAGAUGGACCACUGAGUUAUCUAUGCCCCUUCUAAAAAAAAAGCCAAUGCAAUUCUGGGCUGCAUCAAUAUGAGUAUAGCAUCUAGAUCAAGGGAAGUAAUAGUGCCACUGUAUUCUGCUCUGGUCAGACCUCACCUGGAGUACUGUGUCCAGUUCUGGGCACCACAGUUCAAGAAGGACACUGACAAACUGGAACGUGUCCAGAGGAGGGCAACCAAAAGGUCAAAGGCCUGGAAACAAUGCCUUAUGAGGAACGGCUAAGGGAGCUGGGCAUGUUUAGCUUGGAGAAGAGGAGGUUAAGGGGUGAUAUGAUAGCCAUGUUCAAAUAUAUAAAAGGAUGUCACAUAGAGGAGGGAGAAAGGUUGUUUUCUGCUGCUCCAGUGGACACGGAGCAAUGGAUCCAAACUACAAGAAAGAAGAUUCCACCUAAACAUUAGGAAGAACUUCUUGACAGUAAGAGCUGUUCGACAGUGGAAUUUGCUGCCAAGGAGUGUGGUGGAGUCUCCUUCUUUGGAGGUCUUUAAGCAGAGGCUUGACAACCAUAUGUCAGGAGUGCUCUGAUGGUGUUUCCUGCUUGGCAGGGGGUUGGACUCGAUGGCCCUUGUGGUCUCUUCCAACUCUAUGAUUCUAUGAUUCUGCAAGGAAGCCCUCGAGCAAGGCAGAAGGCAAAAUCCUCUGUACCUGCUAUGAUCCUGUCACCUCUGCUGAACUACUCUCCUUACCUUAUGGUGCCACUAUUAUGACCUCCCUAGUGGUGCAGCAAUAAAGCUGCUAGCUAAGCAAGGUCCAGUAUGGUUUUGCAUUGGAUGGGGGGCCAUGUGUUGAGAUUCUUGCAUUGCCGGGGUCCCUUCCAACUCUACAAUUCCAGGGUUCUGACUUGUCUGUGAGGAAAGGGUACAUUUCAUAGAAUCAUAGAAUCAUAGAGUUGGAAGAGACCACAAGGGCCAUCGAGUCCAACCCCCUGCCAAGCAGGAAACACCAUCAGAGCACUCCUGACAUAUGGUUGUCAAGCCUCUGCUUAAAGACCUCCAAAGAAGGAGACUCCACCACACUCCUUGGCAGCAAAUUCCACUGUCGAACAGCUCUUACUGUCAGGAAGUUCUUCCUAAUGUUUACGUGGAAUCUUCUUUCUUGUAGUUUGGAUCCAUUGCUCCGUGCCCGCUUCUCUGGAGCAGCAGAAAACAACCUUUCUCCCUCCUCUAUGUGACAUCCUUUUCUAUAUUUGAACAUGGCUAUCAUAUCACCCCUUAACCUCCUCUUCUCCAGGCUAAACAUGCCCAGCUCUCUUAGCCGUUCCUCAUAAGGCAUCGUUUCCAGGCCUUUGACCAUUUUGGUUGCCCUCCUCUGGACACGUUCCAGUUUCUCAGUGUCCUUCUUGAACUGUGGUGCCCAGAACUGGACACAGUACUCCAGGUGAGGUCUGACCAGAGCAGAAUACAGUGGCACUAUUACUUUCCUUGAUCUAGAUGCUAUACUCCUAUUGAUGCAGCCCAGAAUUGCAUUGGCUUUUUUAGCUGCCGCGUCACACUGUUGGCUCAUGUCAAGUUUGUGGUCAACCAAGACUCCUAGAUCCUUUUCACAUGUACUGCUCUCAAGCCAGGUGUCCCCCAUCUUGUAUUUGUGCCUCUCAUUUUUUUGCCCAAGUGCAAUACUUUACAUUUCUCCCUGUUAAAAUUCAUCUUGUUUGUUUUGGCCCAGUUCUCUAAUCUGUCAAGGUCGUUUUGAAGUGUGAUCCUGUCCUCUGGGGUGUUAGCCACCCCUCCCAAUUUGGUGUCAUCUGCAAAUUUGAUCAGGAUGCCCUUGAGUCCAUCAUCCAAGUCGUUGAUAAAGAUGUUGAAUAAGACCGGGCCCAAGACAGAACCCUGUGGCACCCCACUAGUCACUCUUCUCCAGGAUGAAGAGGAACCAUUGAUGAGCACCCUUUGGGUUCGGUCAGUCAGCCAGUUACAAAUCCACUGAGUGGUAGCAUAGUCAAGACCACAUUUUACCAGCUUCUUUACAAGAAUAUCAUGAGGCACCUUGUCAAAUGCCUUGCUGAAAUCAAGGUAGGCUACAUCCACUGCGUUCCCUUCAUCUACCAGGCUUGUAAUUCUGUCAAAAACGAGAUCAGGUUAGUCUGACAUGACUUAUUUUUCAGAAAUCCAUGCUGACUAUUGGUGAUCACAGCAUUCCUUUCUAGGUGCUCACAGACUGUUUGCUUAAUGAUCUGCUCCAGAAUCUUCCCUGGUAUUGAUGUCAGACUGACUGGGCGGUAAUUAUUUGGGUCCUCUCUUUUCCCCUUUUUGAAAAUAGGGACAACAUUUGCCCUCCUCCAGUCUGCCGGGAUUUCGCCUGUUCUCCAGGAAUUCUCAAAGAUGACUGCCAGUGGUUCUGAGAUCACAUCUGCCAAUUCUUUUAAUACUCUUGGAUGCAGUUCAUCUGGCCCUGGAGACUUGAAUACAUCUAAACUAGCCAAGUAUUCUUGUACUAUCUCCUUAGUUAUUCUGGGCUGUGUUUCCUUUGCUGAAUCAUUUGCUUCAAAUUCUUCAGGUCAGGCAUUGUUUUCUUUAUUGGAGAAGACUGAGGCAAAGAAGGCAUUGAGGAGUUCAGCUCUUUCUGUGUCCCCUGUUUGCAUUUCACCAUCUUCUCCUCUGAGUGACCCCACUGUUUCUUUGUUCUUCCUUUUGCUACGGACAUACCCAUAAAAGCCUUUUUGUUGCUUUUAGCCUCUCUAGCAAGCCUGAGUUCAUUCUGUGCUUUAGCUUUUCUGACUUUGUGUCUACACGUGCUGGCUAUUUGUUUGAAUUCCUCUUUGGUGGUUUCCCCCUUUUCCAUUUUUGUACACAUCCUUUUUAAUCUUAACUCAGUUAAAAGUUCUUUAGAUAGCCACCCUGGCUUCUUUAGGCACCUUCCAUGUUUCCGUCUCAUUGGUAUUGCCUGACGUUGUGCUUUUACUAUCUCCCUCUUAACAAACUCCCAGCCAUCAUGAACUCCCUUUCCUUUUAGUAUUACUGUCCAUGGGAUCUCACCCAGCACUUCCCUAAGUUUUAUGAAGUCAGCUUUCUUAAAGUCAAGAAAUUGAGUCCUAGUAUGCUUGGCUGCUCCUUUCCACUGUAUAGUAAACUUCAGAAGAGCAUGAUCACUCGCGCCUAAUGAUCCUUCCACUUCUACCCCACUAACCAGGUCAUCAACAUUGGUUAGGACCAGAUCUAAAAUGGCUGUUCCUCUUGUUGCUUCUCCCACUUUCUGGACAAUGAAGUUGUCUGCAAGGCCAGUGAGGAAUCUGUUUGACCUUAUGCUCUUGGCUGAGUUUGACAUCCAACAAAUAUCCGGGUAAUUGAAGUCCCCCAUUACUACUAUCUCCCUUCCUUUUGCAUGCUUGGCCAUCUGUUCCAGGAAGGCAUCAUCUAUGUCCUCCGUUUGGCUUGGGGAUCUAUAGUAAACUCCCACAAUGAGGUCACUGUUAUUCUUUUCUCCUUAAUUUUGACCCAAAUGCUCUCACUUUGGCUUUGAGGUUCUAAAUCUUGGAUCUCUUCACAGGUAUACACAUCCCUGACAUAUAACGCCACUCCUCCUCCUUUCUUGUCUGGUCUGUUUCUCCGAAAUAGAUUGUAUUCCCCCAUUAUUACAUUCCAAUCGUGGGACUUAUCCCACCAGGUUUCAGUGAUGCCUAUUAUGUCAUAUUUAGUUUGCUGUACCAAGAGCUCAAGCUCAUCUUGUUUAUUUCCCAUGCUUUGCGCAUUAGUGUACAGACAUUGAAGUCCAUUAAUCAUUCCCGGUGUCUCUUAUUUAAGGAUUUUUUCCUCCCACCACUAGGUCUGUGUGCUGUUUGCUCCAUUUGGUCUAUGACAUAUGGAUGAUCAUCUUCAUCAAUUGAUAGACUCCUACCUUCAGGAGCACUGUCUCCCUCCCCCACAUUAGUCAGUUUAAAGCCCUCCUGAUGAGGUUUCUGAGAUUUUUGGCAAAAACAUUUCUCCCAACCGUUGUGAGGUGCAGCCCAUCGCUUGCCAGAAGUCCAUCUUCAAGAAACUGCAGUCCGUGAUCUAAGAAUCCAAACCGUUCCUGUUUACACCAUUUGCGAAGCCAGCUGUUCACUUCCACUAUUUUCCCUCUCUCCCUGGGCCACGUCGUUCAACUGGGAGGACAGAUGAGAUCACAAUUUGUGCAUUUAAUUGCUUCAAUUUCCUGCCCAGAGCCUCGUAGUCUCUUUUGAUCUUCUGGAGGCUAUUGCUUGCAGUGUCAUUGGUUCCCACAUGAACCAAGAGGAAGGGGUAUUUGUCAGUGGGUUUUAUGAUUCCUUGCAGUCGUUCAGUUACAUCUUGGAUCUUAGCCCCGGGAGACAGCACACUUCCCGAGACAUCUUGUCAGGCCCACAGAUCACUGCUUCUGUUCCCCUCAGUAGGGAAUCCCCUAUCACCACUACACGCCUCCUCUUAGGUUUGGUCGGGGUUCUUCCGUGAGCUGUCCGCUCCAAGGUCGCCUGCACAUUCCCUGAGGACUGACUUUGCUGCUCGUCUUCAUAUACCUGAUCGACUGUAAUGAGUGAGAGAUCCUCAAAUGGAGUCUGCUCUUCGUCUUCCAUGCUAGGGGAGAGGACCUCAAAGCGAUUGUGUAUUUCUAAACAAUCAGAGCGAACCCUGGGCCUCCUACUUCUUUGAGUCACGUUUCUCCAUAUAUCUGGCUCCUGCGUUGGUGAACUAGCGUCCUUCUCAGGGGAGUCCCCUGUCUCCUCCUUGGUGGAGACGGUGUGCUCUGUUGCUUCCAAGAAGAGCUCCAGCUCUCUAAUUCUUUGGAGCGUAGCUACACGUUCCUCCAGUUGCUGGACUUUGUCUUUUAAGAGGGCAAUCAACAUGCAAUUGCUGCAGGUAAAGCUGCCUGCAACCUUUGGCAAGAUGGCAAACAUUGCGCAGGAACCGCAGGCGACUGCAGCUGUUCCCUCCCCCUCCAUCUUGAGAACGUGUCGUUGGGGGUGGCUACAGCGGUCCUCCAUCAUAAAAAGCGUGAAGACAGGAAAAAUAACUCCCCCCACAAAAAAACCUAGGUCUCCCCCAACAAACGUUUAAGACUAGCUCCCCUAAAUCACCUGCCUCCACAGAAACCCUACCCCCUCUGACCUUUGCACAGGGAGAGCAGCCAAUCAGCCACAAAGAAACACACACACACAAGAAAACCCUUUUUGCUCCUUCUUCAACUGCUGCCCUGCAAGCUCUGAUAAGCUCCUCCCACAGCUAAUCACCUGCCUCCACAGAAACCCUGCCCCCUCUGACCUUUGCACAGGGAGAGCAGCCAAUCAGCCACAAAGAAGCACACACACACACACACAAGAAAACCCUUUUUGCUCCUUCUUCAACUGCUGCCCUGCAAGCUCAUUUGUGGCUGUUUAGUUGAGAAACAAGGCAAGCAAGGGGGGACAUAUAGAGAGAGAGAGAGAGAGAGAGAGAGAGAGAGAGAGAUUUAAAUCUUUCAUAUCCCACUCUUCCAGCCCAAAAGUUCCCAGUGGCUCAAGGAUUAUCAUUUCAUAGAAUUGCAAAGAGUGGGUUUUCACAGGGAAAGCACAGAGGCAAAAAAAAAAAACAAAAACCAAAGCACUCUGACAGGGAGCUUUAAAGCACAUACCUGUGCCUAGAAACACAGCACAAGAGAAAGUCGGAAUAAGCCAUCCCUCUCUGAUUUGGCAUUUAUUCGUGGUGCUUAGAAAGAAGUCGUCCAUCCCUCUCUCGCUUUACUAGAACCUGGGAUCAUCCAGGCAGGCUCUGUGCUAAACAUGUUCUCUGUAGGUGACUGCAUAAGGCAAGUUGGCGAAUGCUGGCAAAAGGAACUUUCCAAAACGAUGAGGCUGUUUCAGACUCUUGCUCUUUUGUGGGUGGGCUUCUCUUGCGCACCAACAAGUUCAGGUUGUGCAACUGCAGUUGAGUUGGAGUUCUUGCGCAGCAAACCCACUCCCUGCAGCCAUAGAUUUUUGUGCUAAGAAAAGUGUUGGGGACAUGCACUGGAAGGUAUAGAUGUGAUAUCUCCCCACAAACAAAUCAGAAUGAUUGCUCCCUAAACAGCAUACAUUGUACAACCUCCCCACAGAUUUGUGGAAGCAAAUCAGGAUGAAUGCUCAAUAAACAGGUUGGCAGUGACCAGAGUCUCUUUCCAGAUUUUGUAUGCCCUUCUUAGCUCUUUCAUCUUAAGCUGGCCAUUAAUCUGGUUCAAGAAACCUGGAUUUCCUGUGCCUGCGUCAUGGAACUCAAAUCCUUUUCGUUCCUGUGUCCUCUGCCGCUGUGAUUAGCGGGUGACAUGAUGGGGAAAGUGGCAAACCAGAACUGACAUCUGCAUUCCCCUAAGCCAAGAGAGGCCGUUUAGAAGGAAAGCCUUUCUUGCAGAGGAGAUUUUGUCUCUGCAGCUGCUCCUGGAAGCAAGCGUGGUCCUUUCCACAGCAGGUGGAGUUGGGACCACUGCAGUGGGCAUCUACAAACAGCAGCAUCUGCUGCCUCCAUGCCAGAGAUGCUGGUGAAUCGACUUGGGAGCUUACCUUCUGCAUGAAAAGCAGGUCCUGUACCACUGAGCUAUGCCCCUAGUUUAGAAGAACAUACAGGCAUUUCAUGCCUUGGAAGCAGGGGCUCUACAACAGAGGUACACAGGAAAGUCCAGUCUGCACAUGCUGCAGAAUGAGUUGGCAGACUAAGCAGAGUCAGUUCAAUGUGUUUCUUAAACUUUCCCUGUGUAAAGACAAAACAAAUCAGGCCUCCCUGCAAUUAGUAAAGUAGUACAUCAGAGAGAGAGAGAGAGAGAGAGAGAGAGAGAGCGAGCACAUAAUAUAAGCCACUUCUUGAUGUGCUAUUUUUCUACAUGCAAGGAAUUUUGUACCAGAUGAAUACAUAGUACAAUUUUAACUUGGCGAUAACCACAGAGUAAAAGGUCUGGCCCAAGCUGAGGUGGAUUCUUUAACAGAAAGUCUGCCAAAGAAAUAGAAAGGCAGUUUAAACAGAUUUAGGAGAAAAAACUGACACCUUUUAAUUUGGCGUCAUUGAAUGUAUGCAAUUUGUGCUUUUUUUCUUUAAAAAAAUGUUUAGGGUUACUCUCAUUUUGACUCAAAGCUACCAGCAUGAGUUUGACCAAACUGCGGGAGGCAGUGGAAGACAGGAGUGCCUGGCAUGCUCUGGUCCAGGGGGUCACAAAGAGUCGGACACGACUGAAUGACUAAACAACAAAAACAACAACAUUUUGACUCAAGAAAAUCACCAUUUUAUAGUUCAAAUCAGGAAAAAUAGAAUCAUAGAAUCAUAGAAUAAAUACAGUAAAUGGACAAAAGUACAAAGAUUCACGAAAUGUUUGGGCGUUAUGCGUACCCCUGCGUCCCCCCAGAAAAAAAGCACUGAAGCACAUUAUGACAUAUCUCAGGUAAUGAGGUUUUUUCUUUUUCUUUUAAGACCACUAUAGGCAGUAUCUAAGUUCUAUUCAGAGUAGACCCACUAAGUUAUUCAUGUCUGUGGGAUAAAUGGAUAAGAAAAGGCUUAGCAGAAGCAACCAUGCCUCGCCUUGCUGUUGUAACUGUUUGCAUUGCAAAGACAGAGGAAACUCGUGGUAAUAUGUAAUACAUUAAGUAUAGAAAUUGCUGAGAGUAGCCAAAAGGUAUUAAAGCAUGGGUAGGCAAACUAAGGCCCGGGGGCUGGAUCCGGCCCAAUCGCCUUCUAAAUCUGGCCCGUGGAUGGUCCAGGAAUCAGCAUGUUUUUACAUGAGUAGAAUACGUCCUUUUAUUUAAAAUGCAUCUCUGGGUUAUUUGUGGGGCAUAAGAAUUCGUUCAUUUCCCCCCCCCCCAAAAAAAAUAUAGUCUGGCCCCCCACAAGGUCUGAGGGACAGUGGCCCGGUCCCCUGCUGAAAAAGUUUGCUGACCCCUGUAUUAGACAGUCUGUGGGUGACUCAAAAUCAUGAGGAAAAAUGGAAGAGAACAGUUAGAAAGGCAUUGCGCAUGAUUAAAAGGGCUAUGAAUAUUAGUCAAACCGCCCCUGGUGGAGCUAUAGCUAAUUAACAUGAACAUGUGAUGUAUGUAACAGUGGGGGUACAUAUCAAGGAGAAAAUAUGUAAUAGGCGGACCGGGAAGUCUGUAAACUUCAAUUUCUUAACCAAUAGGAGAUUGUAGAAGAGAAAUUUGGACAGGCUUUAGGGUAUAAAGUACUUGUGAUGUAAAUAGGACGGUGCCCUCCCUCUUUGCAGCAUGAGCGGGGAGUUGUCCGUGCAGCGCUGUCUCGAGAAUAAACAACUUGUGGUUUUGCCUGAUCGUGGUGUCAGACUCCUCCCUCUCACAGAGCAAUUGACUACCUCUGGGGAAGAUCCCUGGGGCAAAUUUGUCCAACAGUGUCCAUUAACUUCAAUGGGUCUACUCUGAGUAGGACCAGCACUGGAUACAAUCCUGAAUAAAAGCACAUUUUCCUGCACACAGAUGCCAAUGUGCAGGGCUACCUUUUGGAUUCUGUGACAUCAUGUCUCCCUCGACUUGUGACCUCAUGUAGUGAUUAUUGCUGACAAGAUUGUAGCCAAAUUGAGGCUGCUGAAGAACAAGAGAGGAGUAUUGGUAUAUUUGGGCCAUCCUAAGGCCUAGGACUUGCCGAUCAGAAGGUUGGCAGUUUGAAUCCCCACGACGGGGUGAGCUCCCGUUGCUCGGUCCCUGCUCCUGCCAACCUAGCAGUUCGAAAGCACGUCAAAGUGCAAGUAGAUAAAUAGGUACUGCUCCAGCGGGAAGGUAAACGGCGUUUCCGUGCGCUGCUCUGGUUCGCCAGAAGCGGCUUAGUCAUGCUGGCCACAUGACCCGGAAGCUGUAUGCCGGCUCCCUCGGCCAAUAAAGCGAGAUGAGCACCGCAACCCAGAGUCGGUCACGCCUGGACCUAAUGGUCAGGGGUCCCUUUACCUUUACCUAAGGUUAGCAGAAGCCUAAGAUGGCAAAAAAUAAAUGCCUCCCAGAAACAUCCCACCGAAGUCUGGGCAUGCACAACAGCCACAGAAUGGGGUGUGUGUGUGGAGUGUCCUGCUUGGGCCCUGCCUUAAACUAUUAUACCAAGGGGCCCAUUUUCUUACGCUUGUGGUUUUUCCAUGGUGAUGAUUUGCUAAGCAUGGGUUUUACUGGAUAAAAUGUAAUGGGCCUGUGUGAACGACACUGGAGCCCAAGGAUUGGGGUUGGGCUAGAUGACCCUCAGGGUCCUUCCAACUCUACAAUUCUAUGGCCUUGUGACUACCUUCCUGAGUUUGGUGGACUCCAGCUCCCAUCAUUCUGUGAGCAUUAGUCUCUCUGGCUAGAGCUCAUGGGGGUUGGAGUCCAGCAUUGGGAGAGCCACAGGUUCCCCAUUCCUGCUGCAGUCUGGUGACUUGCAAUGAAACAUACAUAGGAUCAGGCUGCACAAAUGUCACAGCCUGAUCCUCCGAGGUUUGCUUGCACCCAGAGCAGAGACAAAUAUUGGUGCUGGAAAAUCCAGACACCUCCAACUAAUUCAAGUGGAUCACAACCCAUGGCAACCCUUAUGGAAAUGAACAGGAUCUUGCACAGCUGCCACUCAUUUCAGUGGGACCUGCAUGGGGGAUGUUUGCCGUAGCUCAGAUCUGCCCAUCCUCUUCCACUCUAAUGCCCUGAAAAGCAUGCAAAAAUUCUAUACCAGAAACAUUCUGAUCAGCUUGGCUCAAGGAAAGACACACACAUACAACUGUGAUUAAUAAAGGUUUAUUUUUGUGUGUGGAAAAUGUUUCAGUUUUUUGGAAUAAAACAACAGCAACUUGUUUUGCUAAUCAGAGUAGCAUAUUGUUACAGGUUUGUGGGUGUCCGUCUGGAUUGCACCUGUGGGUCCCUUCCAAACCUGAGAUCCUGUGUAUGUGGGGUUAGAUUUAAUGAGAGGAAACCUGCUAAACCAGUCAAACCAGUCCCUUGCUUAUGGUACUGGCCUGGGUUGCUAUUUGCAUGCCCUAAGAGAUUGCUAGAGAGACCAAUGAGCGGGCCUUUUCCUACCUCACCUGACAUGCCACACUUGGCCAUGGCAAAUCUGAAUAAAAAAUAAAUACAAGCAAAAGGGAUGUCGUGCCAUAAAUAAUGGUCUCUCUUUAGAUCUCUGAGUCUCCCUUACAGUUCAUUGUCCAGGGUCUUCUUUCUUAUCUUUUCUGGCCUCCAAAGCAAAAAGGGUGACUUGUUGAGUCACUGAAGCAUUUGCAUCACCAAGAAGCAAUAGGACCGUCUCUGUUGGGAGGAGACAAAUUUCCUGUAAGGUGAGAAAUUGCCUCCUGGGUCCAAGGUAUAGUAAAUACUGUAGUAAUAUAGUAAAUAGUGCAAUAUGUCUUCCACCUGCAGAUGCCCACAUAUUCAGAGUCUUAUCUUCGUACGGUACCCUGUUAUAUUAUCUGUCCAGGACAGUGGAGGGCAUAACUUGAAAAUGCAGCUAAGCAAAAGCAAAUCUAAGUGAGGCUGGCCAGAGAUUUGACAGGUAACUGGCUCUAAAAUGGACUGUUUUUAGAAGAGGGAACCAAGGAGAGCAUUUAGAGAAUUUAAUCGCUUGCAGAUCAUGUAGUGAUUCUGUCCAGUGGCACCAAUCCCUUAGUUGGCAUUUGUCUGUAGAUAUAAUCUCCUCUAUCUUAGGGAAAUAAUAAAGAGUUCAAAUAAUAUUGUGUGUUAGAUUUCCACUACCGGCUGUUCACCAAUUCCGCAUAACAAGUCUUUUCAGCUAAUUAAACCAAGUACAAAUAGCUCUUGCAGUUAAUGUUGGCCAUCCACAUUCCAUGUGUAAGAGUUCGGAUGCUGUUCCCUUGGGUGCGGAAAACAGUCUCUUGAGAAAUUGGUUUUGCACCAUUUCUAAUCCUUUAAUAGUGCUCUCAUCCUCGCCCCAGAUUAUCCUUGAUAUGUCUUCCUUCUUCUUCUUUGGCGAUCACUCGUAGCCGAGUAAGAUUGUCUUCCAUAAACACGGUUUUAACAAUGAGCCCGUAAGUGACUGUGGAGGCCAAUUCUGGAUCCACACGUCCUUCCACCUGGUUUCCAGGUGGGAAUUGAUCACGGUGUGGAUUUGUUAAGCGUGCCUUCCUCUUAGCACCUUUCUCCCUUGCGUCCUGAGUUUGAGUGCCAAUGACACCUUUGGUAAAGCCUGUUCUCCAACUGGAGCGCUCGCAGGCCAGUGUUUCCCAGUUGUCGGUGUUUAUACUACAUUUUUUUAGAUUUGCCUUGAGACUGUUAGGAUAUUUCCGUUCCACCUUAAAAGGGAGCAGGCUUUGUGAGUCACAGAGUCUGCGCAUUUCCUGUUCACAGGAUGUUUGUGUUUUCUGUUGCUUUCGUUUUUUCUCUCUGUGUCUGGAGACACUGAAGCAGGCAGUCAUGUUUUUCUUUGUUCUGAUCAACGCUGAAUAAAACUUGUAAAUAAUGCUCUCCUGCGUGCAACUUCUGCUGUGAAUUAUCUGCUGAUAGAGUGUGCAUGAGCUCUGGAAUGUGGCAAGCUAUUUCUAGAAACUCGUGUCGCUAAUUGCUGAUACUGUAUCUACGGGAGAUCGAUGGAUCGUCCGGCAGCCGGCUUGGGGGCCAUGAUGGACUUUGUCUCCCUGGCAGUAUCCCAACAACAAGGUUAUGGGCCCAGAUUCACAGCACUUACAGGAGAGUAAGACUGCGACAGACUGCGUUGAGGUAUGUGGGAGAAGCGAAGGAAAGGCUGCUCCAAAGGCCAAGGCCAGAUUUAUUGUGGACUCUGGUGCCAGCCGCCAUCUAACAAAGGAUCGCCAUCUUUUUAUCUCCUUCACACCUCAAGACGGAGAGAUCCACCAGGCUGAUGGAAAGACGUUGCGAAUUGCAGGAGUCGGGACUGUGAAACUGGCAAGUCUGCACACUACCAUCAGAGAUGUACUUUAUGUUCCAGGUGCUGCAGACAAUUUGCUCAGUGUCCCACAGCUGACUGGGCGUGGCUUUGAGAUUUCCUUCAAGAGGAGCGUUUGUGUCAUCAGAAAAGGCAAAGAGGACAUUUUGCAUGCAAAGUUUAUAGAUGGUUUGUUCUGUAUAACUUAUGAUGACAAUGGUGCUGUUGUGUCUAAUGUUGAUUCUUGUUGUGUUGCACAAACUAACAAAGUUCUUCAUGCAGGAUGCAUUCAUGAUGCACACAGAAGGUUUUGUCACCUCUCUUGGAAGGCGCUGGCCAAGAUGCCAGAGAUGGUUGAGGGUUUGAACAUCAAACCCUGUAAGUUUCACAUGAAAUGUGUAUCUUGUGCAGAGAACAAGGUGAAGGUUGCUCCAAAAGGCAAGGAGUCUAGCAGGCAGGCUUCCAAACCCUACCAGCUAGUGCACGCAGACCUGGUUGGUCCACUUGCGCCCUCUUUGGGUGGAGCAAGGUACUUCAUGGUUCUAAUUGACUCUUUUUCCAGGUACAUUCAUGUGUUUAUGCUCGAGCAGAAAUCGCAAGCGUUUCCGAAGUUCAAGGCAUUCUGUGCUUGGUUAGAGAAUGUUCACGGUAAACGUAUUGGCUGUCUCUUUACUGAUCGGGGAGGGGAGUUCACUUCUCAGCAGUUUGAAGCUUUCCUGACUGAGAAGGGAAUCCAGCAUGACUUGUCAACGCCUAGAUCGCCAUGGAUGAAUGGACUUGCGGAGCGAGCAAAUCAGACGUUGCUGCAAGGACUAAAAACCUUGUUGCAUGAUGCCAAUCUCCCUGAUAAGUAUUGGGGGGAGGCUCUGUCGAAUUUUGUUUACACUUAUAAUCGCAGAUUGUCAUCACCUAUUGGUUGUACCCCCUAUGAGAAGAUGUUUGGUAAGAAACCCAACAUCAAGCACAUGAGAAUCUUUGGUUCUGACAUGUGGGUACACACCCCACAAAGCAACAAGCUUGGGAAGCGUGGGGCACAUGGUUUGUUCAUGGGGUACGAAAAGGGAGCGUACAGGGCAUGGAUGACUGACUCUAAGUCCAUUAAGUUCACAAAGAGUGUUGAGUACAAUCCUAAGUGGGGGGAAAAUGUGGGAAUUUUCCAGAGUUACCCAGAGGAAGAUGAAGGUGAUGUGAAAAAAGCAGAUGAAGCUGAGGAUGAUGAUGAUGAUGAUGAUGAUGAUCAGAGUUCGGAUUCCAGCUCAGUGGGCGGCGCUGCUGCUGAUGUCGGUGACAGUGAUGACACAGCAGACUACAAGAGCGCAAAGGCCUCAGUCAGACCAUCUGAUGCGUCUGACAAUGAACUGGAAGAACCACUGUUCACCAUUGGUCACUUUUCUCCUAAGAAAGAGGAGAUGAGUCCAGAAGACUUGCAUCUAGUACACAGAUCUGAGAGAGCCACGAAGGGCAGACCUCCAAAGAGAUUUGCUGAUGAGUUUGCUAAGACGGCAACUGCUGUUCUUAGUAGCUCAGAGAAGGUGUGGGAACCUUCAAGCUUCAAAGAGGUUCAGGAGUUAACCUCUAAAGAUGCUGAGCCUUGGCUUAAUGCCAUGAAGGCUGAAGUUGAUUCCUUGAAUAGGAACCAAACUUGGGAGUUGGUACCGGUAGUCCCAGGAAUGAGACUGGUUGGCAGCAAAUGGGUCUUCAAGGCCAAGACAGACCAGAAUGGCAAGGUUGUCAGACACAAAGCCAGAUUGGUUGCCAGAGGUUUUUCACAGGUACCAGGACAGGUACCACGAGACCUACAGUCCCACAGUCAAAUAUGAGCGCAUUCGGCUGAUGCUCAAGAUAGCUGCAGAGGAGAAACUGCAUGUUUCCCAUCAUGACAUUAAUACAGCUUUUUUGUACGGGAAUUUUGGAGGAGGAGCUGUUUAUGCUUCCACCUGACAGGAUGCAGAUACAGAAGGGAAUGGUCUGUAAACUGCGGAAAUCCUUAUAUGGUCUCAAGCAGAGUGCCAGGUGUUGGAACACAAAGCUCACUGAGACAUUGCUUUCUCUAGGUUUUCACCAGGGCAAAGCUGAUCCAUGUGUGUUUGUCAAGGAGGAGGGGCAAAACAAACUGUAUUGUUUAUGUUUUGUUGAUGAUCUUCUGAUGUUUUGGAAGAAUCAGGCUUUGUACCAAAGCACCCUAGCUCAGCUGAAGGAGCACUUUGACAUGAAGGAUCUUGGUGAGGUAUCCAACUAUCUUUCUCUGCAGGUGGAGAGGGACCAAGCAGGUAAUUUUCUGGUACACCAAACACAGAAAAUUGCUGAUGUGUUAACCAGGUUGAAUUUGGUUGAUGCAAACCCAGCAGACACACCGAUGGUGACAGGUUACCAGGUAGACAGUACUGCUGAAGCGUUUUCUGACACUACGCUGUACAGAUGCAUUCUAGGCAAGUUGAAUUUCAUUGCUAGAUGCUCAAGACCUGACAUAGCUGUAAGCACUAACCUGCUUAGCAGACAUGCCAACAAUCCUACUGUUCAGGAUUGGAAAGCUCUGAAGCGCAUAGCCCGCUAUUUGAAAGGGACUAUGCACUACAGGCUGAGGUUCACCAGUCAGAAGACUGGAGGUCUUGAAAUCUUUGCAGAUGCAAGUUUUGGAAGUAUCACCACGGAUGGUACAAGCACUUCUGGUGUAUGCUACAUGUACAACCACUGUCUGUUUGACUGGCUGUGCAAGAAGCAGACGACAGUGAGCCUAAGUUCCUGUGAAGCAGAACUCAAUGCUCUGUCAUUUUCACUCAUGGAUUGUGAAUGGUUGAUGCAACUGUUUAAGGACAUCAGAGUUUCUGUGAAAUGUCCUAUACAAGUGUAUCAAGACAAUAGAUCUUGUUUGGCUUUGCUGAACUCAGAGAGUUGCAAGCAAAGAACCAAGUACUUGCAGAUUAAGCUACAUCGUGCAAGAGAGUGUAUUCAGAAAGGACUCAUUCAGGUGUCCUACAUGCCAGGAAAUGAAAUUCCUGCUGAUCUGUUGUCUAAGGUUGUUAACAGAGAACAACUUAAGGUUUACGUACAAAGGUUGCAAUUGGGUUGAACCACAGGUACUACAGGUUACACGGAAAGGGGGAGGAUGUUAGGAUAUUUCCGUUCCACCUUAAAAGGGAGCAGGCUUUGUGAGUCACAGAGUCUGCGCAUUUCCUGUUCACAGGAUGUUUAUGUUUUCUGUUGCUUUCGUUUUUUCUCUCUGUGUCUGGAGACACUGAAGCAGGCAGUCAUGUUUUUCUUUGUUCUGAUCAACGCUGAAUAAAACUUGUAAAUAAUGCUCUCCUGCGUGCAACUUCUGCUGUGAAUUAUCUGCUGAUAGAGUGUGCAUGAGCUCUGGAAUAUGGCAAGCUAUUUCUAGAAACUCGUGUCGCUAAUUGCUGAUACUGUAUCUACGGGAGAUCGAUGGAUCGUCCGGCAGCUGGCUUGGGGGCCAUGAUGGACUUUGUCUCCAUGGCAGUAUCCCAACGACAGAGACAGUCUUUAAACAUAUUUUGUUGACCACCAGCAUUACACUUUCCAUUUUUAAGUUGGGAAUAGAGUAGUUGUUUUGGAAGACGAUCGUCAGGCAUCCGCACAACAUGCCCAGUCCAGUGAAGUGGAUGUUGAAGAAUCAUCGCUUCAACACGGGUGAUCUUUGCUAAUUCCAGUACACUGGUAUUAGUUCGCUUGUCUUCCCAAGUGAUGUAUCAAAUUUUCAUAGACCCCGUUGAUGGAAUCUUUCGAGGAGCUGGAGAUGGCGUUUAUCAGUGGUCCAUGUUUCACAAGCGUACAGUAAUGUUGGUAGUACAAUAGCUUUGUAAACAAGCAUUUUGGUUUCCUUGAUAUGUAGUAUCCCUUUAACUCAGGGGUAGAGAAACUAUGUCCUCUCCAAUUUUGUUGCACUCCAGCUCCCCUCAGCCACAGGCAGUAUCACCCAUGGUCAGAGUUGUUGCAAGUUCUGGGAGGAAAGUAUCCCAAGGACUCUGGGAUGUCAUGCAGUUUUGCCAGAGACAGUGAUGUCACUUGACUUGGAAGGCUUCGGGGUUAAUUUCGAGGCUCCCUACGGGAAGGAGCAACAGCACCUCUGAGCACGUUAAGAGUGCAGUGUCCUCCUUAAUGGGCAAACACGUCCAAUGUUUCUCAAACUUGGCUUCCCAGCUUAGCGAGCAGGUGGAGAACAGGAGACUCUUCAUCUCGGGGCCGUGAGGGGGUUGGACUAGAUGACCCUCCGGGUCCCCUCCGCCUCUACAACUCCCCCUAUCCCUGACACCCCCCCCCCCAAGGGCCGAGCGGAGUCGCGCUCCAACCACAGCCGGGCCUGAGAAGGCGCGUGCUGCGACGCCUGCGCAAACCUCGCGCUGCGUCUCUCCGCCCCGCCCACCUUUUUGCGUCGCGGCGGGAGAACGACGUGUCCUCCGGAGGGGCGGGGUUGCCUUAGGAACACUAUUCGACACGCUGCGCGCGCACAAUAGGACGCCCCUUCUCCGUCAGUUCUCCCUCAACCCUAGCGCCGUUCUCAUUGGACGCUCGGGGCACUUCUGGAAAAGCUGCCGCCGAUUGGCUGCCUCGCGAAAAGGCGGAGCUCGAGGGCGCCCCCUGGUGGGCGGAGCGACCGGCGCCGGCGAGCCUCCCCGGCUGGUGACGCUGUGACGUAUUAGCGGCGGCGGUUUGUGCGCGCAGGCGCACCAGCUCGCGAUUCCUGGCUCCGGCGGCGGCGGCGCCUCCUUCACCUCAGCCGGACCAGUUGGGGGAGGGGCAGAGCGCGAGCGAGCCAAGGCAGGUGAGUGCCCCGCCCAUUCCGCCAGACCACGCCCCCUCCCUGGAGGACCCCCCACCGGCUCCCUCCCCGGCCGCCUCCGUCGGGCCUGGCUGACUGACGGGCCGCCUGGGACGGGGCGGCUGGGCGAGCGCGUGGAGAAGAGCGGGGCGGCCGUUCACACGUGACGGCGCCAGGCUUGCGUGAGGGUGACACGUGUACACCGCUCUUCCUCUGCUGAAGGCGGGCGUGUCUCUCAGAACAGCCCUGCGAGGUAGGUCAGCGGGCGGGAUUUGAACCCGGCUCCAACCCCCGCACCUCCGCUCUGUUCGUGGCGCCUGUCUCCCCGCAGGGGCAGCCUCUGCCUGGGGCUGGGGCCUCCAGGGCAGCGCUUGGCCCCUCGACGCCUUGCAGGAAGCCGCAGCACCCCGUCUCCUGCGCCUGCCUUCCUGGGAAGCGGGAGCCUCGGUGCUGCCCAGCUGUGGCUGCGGGAGGGUUUCCCCUUGUGAGCCAACAUAGCUCUGGUCUGCUGUGGUUAUUAACAGGAAUCGAAUCAAACCACUGCCUGUGACAUUAAUCAUUAGUUUCUCUUGCUGUUAAUCAUAAUUACUACAUUAUUAAUUACUGCCCACCAGCUUGCCCCUUCCCUCUUCCCCUCCACACCCUCCCAGAACUGAUGCCCAAUGCUCUUGACUUGCAUGAUGAUUGAUGUCAGUCACAAUGUGUAUGAAAUACAAUGUGCGUGUAGGUGAUUUAGUACCAUGUACGGGGGUGGUGCUAGUUUGUUAAUGGGGAAAAAAAGAUUCUAAUUAAUUAAUGGAUUUCUAGCCCAUUUUCAAGGUUGAAAGCCACUUGCAAGGUGAAUUACAGCACACUUAAAACACAGCAUAUAAUCGAACCAUGUAAACAAUGAGCAAUGUUCAGUUCACAAAUUAUUAAAAUAAGAUAGCCUCAGCAGAUAAAACUUCAGUUAAAAGCACCCAAAUGCAGGCUGGAGUAUAAUAAAGGAUUGCUUAAAAUGUUUUGUUAUUGUUCUUAUUAUGCUUCAUAAUAUGCUUUCUAUUCACUGCUUGGAUAAUUUCUUAUUUUUAUACAUUAUACGUGUGUACUCAGAUGUAAAUCUCCUUGAGUUCAGUAGGACUUACUGCUAGGUGUGUAGGAUUGAGCAGCAGUCUUUCAAAUUCUCCCAAGGCUAGCCAUGCGUAGGCUUUGCAUAGUGUGUGUGUGUGUGUGUGUGUGUGUGUGUGUGUGUGUGUGUAUGUGUGUGUGUGUGUGUGUGUGUGUGUGUGUGUGUCAGUAUUAUAUCAGCUGUCCAUGUGGUAGAGACAUGCGAGUUGCUCUAGUGAGGACAAUCCAGAGCGUCAGUGCCAUAAAGGCCUUGUUCCUUGCAUCCACCCAUGGAAACUCAGCUGGCAGGAGGAUCUCAGGUGCUGAACCGAGUGCUUGUAUACUUGUGUGUGUUGGCCUGUAUUAUACAUUAGAAUAUGUAUUAGAGUAAUUCCCUAUCUUUUUUGCAUUCAGGCUGUGAGUCCUUAUUUGGCCAAACACACAUGCGAUGCCGUUAUUGGCAGGCUUGGGUGAAAGGCCAAGAUUUGCAGAAAUAUUACUACUACUACUUCUACUACUACUACUGAUAAUAAUGGGGGAAAUACUGAGGAAUAGGGGAUGAAUUCCCAAAACAGGCCAGUGAGGACUGAGCAUACGCAAUGGGUGUGGAAGGUUGAUUGACAGUUGAAGGGGGAAAUAGAAAAUUAGGCGAGGAGAAGAAUGGAACUGAGAACAGUUUUUUAAAUAUAUUUUUUAUUUUUUAUUUUUAAUAUUUAAUUCUGUAUUGUUUUUAACACUUGAUUGGAAGCCGCCCAGAGUGGCUGGGAAAACUCAGCCAGAUGGGUGGGGUAUAAAUAAUAAAUUAUUAUUAUUAUUAUAUAUAGGGGAUGUCUGACUCAAACAAGGAACUGGAAAACACCACUGUUGUUACACCUUUUUGUUGCAGGCUGUACUUGUUACAAUAUACACAAAUAAUUACAGGUACACCACAAUCAGAGUUAAGUGCUUCAGAGUCUACUUAAUUAGUGUGGAAAAUAUUUGCAGCCUAAUUGUACACAGCUUUUAUAUUUUAGAGUUGCAUUUUAAAAUAUAUUUUGUUAGCCAUUUCUAGCAGUUCAAAUUUUGGACCAGAAAGGCAGGACACAAGUCUUUCUAAGGAAUGAAUAUGUUGUUUACUGAUAAGUAAUUCUCACAAUUUUUAGUGAACUUACUCCCAGGGAAGUGUGUGUAUGAAUGUGGCUCUACAACACAGUUUUGUGCAUAUCAACUCAGAAGGAAGCUCCACUGAGUUCAGUGUGGCUUAUUUUGAGGACAAUUGUAGCUCAUACUUUCCUCUCAGUAAAAUCAGUGGGUCGACCAUUGGUCCAUCUAGCUCAGUAUUCUCGGACAAUAUUCACUGACUGACAGCAGCUCUCCGGGAUUUCAGGCACGAGUCUCUCCCAGCCCUACCCUGAGAUGCCUGGGAUUGAACCCAGGACCUUCUGCUUUCAAGGCAGAUGCUCUGUUGCUGAGCUGUGGCUUCACAGUGGCUUAAUUUAAGUGGAUUGUGAGAGAGUGAGAUGCCUGCAAGUCACUGGGGAGCAGGUUGGUUGUGGUGCUUUUAAAGAAACAAGCAUUUCCAAAAUCUACUAGCAGCAAGGAGGAUUCUCUCACACUUAGCAGAUAAUGCUUCUUCUAAGGUGAUGCCUGCUGUGACAUGUGUGUGUCACGUAAAAACUGGAUAAAACAAUCAUACUUUUUCUGAACAACUGUUUAAUCAGGUGACAGCCUCAUUAUAUAGGUGUGCUUAUGUAAAAAAUGUGUUAAAGUAAAUGCCAGGAACUUGUUGACUGCAGGAAAAUGAUGAUACAUUUUUAAGUUGCAUGAGGCCUAGGUAGCAAGCAUGGUCAGGGAAUCCACAUUUUUUAAUGAUUUGUGCACUUACAUUUGCAUGUGCACCAUGGUAGAUGUUCUUUACCUACAAACUGUGGGAAUGAAGAUGAUGUUUGGAGAUUUAUUGAAGAUACUCCAUUUGCAUGUGUGCAAAUGGACACAUCACCCUAUGAAGUUCUCAACAUCUUCAGGUCUUGGGCCAAUCUUAAACAACGCCCUGCAUUAUAAUAAUUAAUAAUAAUAUGUUCUUCCAAGGAGGCAGGGGUUAUAGUAUCCCAGUGGCCCUAGAUUUCAAUCCAUAGUUGAGAGCAUUUUUUUAAAAAACAACAACAACAACCCUCCCUUCCCUGAAAGGCUGAAGUACAUGUCUGUAAGUCAUGGUAGAAGACCAUUGGGGGCUUGGUAAGCUUUUCCUAAAGGAAUAUCGAGUCAGACAAGUAACUUGACAGCUAAAACCUAUGAAUAAUUAUGUGGAAGUAGCAUUCCACUGUGUUCAGUAUUCCCCAAUAAGUGUCCUUAGGAUUUCAGUGCAAUUGGUUGCUCUCCUGCUUCAGAUGAAACCAAACCUAGCAGCCCCACAUCCACUUACAGCAGCAAUCCAAAAUGGAAGGUCUGGUCACAGUCUCAUGGCAAAACACAGAUACAAUGUGAGACAAAGUCCAGAAGUAGCCCAUGAUCAAAACACAGGAAAGUCCUAUCAGGGAAGCAAAAAGCUUCCUUGGAAGAUAGCUUUCCAUUCCUACCAAUCUGCUGCUUUGGGCAGUUGCAGUGCAUGGAUAGGCCCCCUGGCAGUUCACAUGGCCUCUUGGCAAGGCUCAGGCAGCCACCUGCAUGAAGCAGGGCACCCCAGACAUCCUGCAAUACAUGCAAGAUCCAUGGCAGAUGUUGAGUGUCCAUUAGCAAACCAGUUAGGCUGGAAAGCUCUCUGUUAAAGUAGAUAGUCAGGAAGCUUCUUGCUUAAAUUGACCUUUGGUCCCAAACCAGUCAGUUGACUCUUCUAAACAGGAACAUAAGACGGGCCUUACUGGAUCAGACCCAAAGACCUAUCCAGCAUCCUGCCUCACAUACUGACCCAGUUCAUAUAUCACUUGAAGCCAUAGCUAAGAGUAAACUGAAUUGAUGCAAGUGAACCAUGUGCUUGUGCCUCUGCUGAAAAGUUCUUGCUCUGCUCCUCCCCUGCUGCCAUGCUGCUGGGGAACAGGCCAUAGUCUGCCUUGCCAUAAUAUCCCUGAUGUUUGUUGUCCUCUAAGCAAACCAUGGGAGGUCAGCCAAGAACAAGUCUUGGUUACUGUUUGUGGUUUGUUUAUAUUAACGAAAGUUGGCUUUUACUUGAUUUAAUGUGACUGCAUACCAGGAUAGUACCUUGGAGGCCACAGAAACAAGGAGGAUCUGACUUUGCUUUUACCAGAAGAAUAAAAACUAGACUUUGCAAUGUAAUAAUUCAGACAGCUACUCAAACAAGGACUUCCUUUGGUUAAAGUUAGGUCAUUGCAGUAGCUGAACAUUAAGAGCCCACAGAAAGCAACAUGGGAAAUGGCAGGUGCAGAUGUCCAAAACUGGAUUCCAAGGAAUGCUAGAGGUGAAGGAAAUCAUUUAAGGCUUUUAAGGCUGCAGCCCCAAACUCUACAAGGAAAUAAAUCCACUGAGCUUUGUGGGACCUCUGCAUAGGACUGUGCUGUUCAUCAGGUUCCCUGAAUCCCACUGAAGUUUAGCCCAGAAUACAGUGGUACCUUGGGUUACAUAUGCUUCAGGUUACAUACGCUUCAGGUUACAGACUCCGCUAACCCAGAAAUAGUACCUCGGGUUAAGAACUCUGCUUCAGGAUGAGAACAGAAAUCACGCAGCGGCGGCGCAGCAGCAGCGGGAGGCCCCAUUAGCUAAAGUGGUGCUUCAGGUUAAGAACAAUUUCAGGUUAAGAACAGACCUCCGGGACAAAUUAAGUACUUAACCUGAGGUACCACUGUAUGGAGUUUCCCCAAAGCAUAUCUGCCUCUCCUCAUAAACUCCAAAAUUCUAAGGAAUUCAAUUGAGGCGGCCUUGAAGGUGGUCUUUUUAGAAGAUAAUGUGAUAGUCAUAGGUGCCAACUCCCUGGGCACCCACAAAAUUCCCCAUGAAAGGGCCAGGCACCCACAAAUGUUAGUGCCAGGGCCAUGCACGCUGCAUGCCACCCGCGGCCCCAGGGGCAAGUUGGCACCCAUGGUUAUAGUUCUGCUGAAGUCUAUUCUGCUGCAUCUGACUGGUGGCUUGUCCACAAAACCCCAGAGUUAGAAAACUAAAGACUGCAAUCCUUGCCAUAUUUGUUCAGAAGUAAGUCCUAUUGAACUUAUUGGGCUUACUCCCAGGUAAGUGGGGUAAGGAUUAUAGCAUAAGGAUAACUCCUUAGUUUUCUCAUUCUGGAGUUUUCUGGACAAGCCCUCACCAUCAUGCUGGAAGUGAGGAAAGAGGGAGCUUCCCAGGUUAACACCUUGGUUUUUGACAGUAAUACGUGGAUUUUAUUUAUUUUAUUUUUAAAAGGAAGACAAAAGGCAUAUGGAGUCCAAAUGGAACAGAUAAGCAGUGAAGGAGGUGUUGAUAUGUGCCAUAUAAGAUUUUUUUGGAGCUCAUCCUGCUUAGUGCUGCCCAGAGCUGUUGGGGGGGGGCUGAAAUUUUAGGUGCUGCCUUAUCCAUCUAGUUUUUCAGUGAAAUGCCUCACAUAUUUUCAAUUCCUUUCUUGGCAGCUCUUGCAGGGUUUUUUUUUCUAAAGAAAAACCCAUGCAGAUUUUUUACACAUAUAAAAUAUGUAUAUUUUAAGUCAGUUCUCUAUGCUGCCUUGCACCAGAGCUUAACCAAGAUCCAGGAUGGGCCUGUGCAGAAAGAACAAGCUUGAUUCUUAAUUGCUUGGUCACUAGGGGCAGAAAGCAAGUAUGCCACACACCCCCCGGGCAAUAGUGCCAUUGAGUCCUCCCUUUUAAUUUGGACCUGGGUACUUGAAGGACUGGGACACGGGUGGUGCUGUGGGUUAAACCACAGAGUCUAGGGUUUGCCGAUCAGAAGGUUGGCGGUUCGAAUCCCUGCGGCGGGGUGAGAUCCCAUUGCUCAGACCCUGCUCCUGCCAACCUAGCAGUUCGAAAGCAUGCAGUGCAAGUAGAUGAAUGGUUACCACUCUGGCAGGAAGGUAAACGGCGUUUCCGUGCGCUGCUCUGGUUCACCAGAAGCGGCUUAGUCAUGCUGGCCACGUGACCCGGAAUCUGUACCUCAGCCAGUAAAGCAAGAUGAGCGCUGCAACGCCAGAGCCGUCCCCGACUGGACCUAAACGGUCAGGGGUCCCUUUACCUUUACUUGAAGGACCAUAUUCUCCCCUAGGUGUCCUUCAUUUCCCUCUGGCUCCUGAGGUUCUGCUUCUGGUUCCCCUGCCAGUAGAGCAUUAGCAUGUCCAUGGGGAGCAUUGCAAAAAGCACUAUCUAAAUGUUAUACAGUGUUCUUAAGGGACCUAUUAGAAAAAAAGCUUAUGGACAGGUGGGAAAACUUAAAAUAAGGGAAUGGUUUUCCUGUUUGAAUGUCUCUUGCUCCAAAUGAUGGGCAGUUUGUUGUAUAUGUGAAUUGUCUUGCUAGAUCAGAUCUAUGGUGCCCCUAGUCUACCAAUCUGUUUACAACUGUGGUCUGACAGAUGUUCUGAAUGCUCACAAGCAGGACAGACACCUGAUGCCCUUUUCCUGUUUGUAUGGCCUGGCACUCCAGUUGUUGUUAAACUACAAUUCCCAUUAGCCCCGGCAAGCAUGGGCAAUGGCCAGGGAUGAUGGGAGUUGUAGUUCAGCAGCAUCUGCAGGGCCAGAGGUUCCCCUUCUGUUUACACACGAAAGCUCAUACCUUAAAAGCUUAUAUUUAGUUGAUCUUUAAAGGUGCCACUGGAAUUAUUAAAAAAUAUUUUUUCAUCUUUCAUCUUGUUAUUUAUUAUCCCUUCUAUUUGGUUAUCAUUGCUCACUCUCUGGAGGCUAAACUAAUCCCUUUGAGCAUAAUAAGCAAAUAAGAGCUUGGGAGCAGUCCAGUGGUAGCCAUCCCACACCUGCCAUCACAGAGGCUCUUCAAGCAUCUUGCUCUCAGGGAAGCCAAGAAGAAGUUGCAGCAGCAGCUUCUCCAAAAGAAACAGUUGUCUUUUCUGUUUUAUUAUUUAAAUAGUUGCUGGUUCUUAUUGUGGGAAAAUGUUCAUGUAAACCACCCUGUGAAAAUGUUAGAUACCUAAAAUAAAUGAAUAAUAAACCAUUCUCUUUUAAAGCCAGUGCAUGUCAUCCCAUUUGAUGGUACUGAACUCCAUAGGUUAAUUGUCACAAAAGUGAGCAUAUUGAUAUAAUAUCACUGCUGCCUCACUCAUUAGGGACCGCUAAUGUGAUCCGUUGAGGUUUCAAUUUCAUUGACCACUUCCCUUGCUUCCCUUAAUGAGCAUGAUGGGGAGAACUUUGUAGGCUAUCUCUUAUCUGCCACAGUUGUGUAGUACAACAAUGAUAUGUAUUUGUGGUUAUUUGAUGAUAAAUGGAAUUAUUUUAUUGAGCCCUGAGCAAUGCAAUCUGGAAGGAAGAUUACUUGAAACAGAACCUAUUCUGAUACCAGUGCAUAUUUCAGAUAGUGAUGUAAAACAACAACAGGAACCUAGGUAGCAAGCAUUGCUGUUUAAGUCUACAAUUACCAGUGAGAAAAUGUUUCCAGUUCUGCAAGCCAAAAUUGUGAUGAAAGUGAAUAUGUCUGAGUUUAAUCAUUGUCACAUCCUGCUCUUGUCUGCUCUUGCUUUGCUUCCUUCCCCUGCUUUGUAUAUGGCAGAGUUUUUGAAUUGCACAGAAUGCUGCUGAGACCUGCCUGCUGAAGAGUUCUGUUCUGAAACUUGAUGUCUCUGGAAGUUUACCCACUCUUGAUUCUUUCUGUCUUGGGGACCACAACGUUCUGAUGAUGUUGUGAUUAACAUAUUUCAGUCAAAAUAAUUUUGAGUCAGCUUUCCUGCUUAUUUGUAUCAGGUGCACAUUUCUAGUCAAUCAGUUUGGGAAACAUACAAAUGGCUUUAUACCACUGCCAAUUACUUAGAAUCAGGCUGAUGCCCUCAGGCAGUGAUUUCUCUAGACUCUGAUAUGUUGCUUCCCACAUGGAGGAAGCCAUUUCGUCAUUCCCAGCGUGAACCAUGGAAUCUCUUGGAACAUUUUGCAAAGAUUACACACCCCAGCUGGGUGUACAUGCUCUUGACUGCUGUUCCAUUCCAUUGGUGAUGCAAGAUCAUACACUGUUCCAGUUGAGGGCAGCCAGUGGUGAGUUUCUCUCUGGAGCCUCUUGUUUCUGUUUCUCCGCCCCCACCAGGAAAAAAAGCAACCACCCCUUGGAUGUUGCUUAAUAAACAGUCUCCUGGGCUAAAGCUCCGGUUCUUCACCACCUCCCUCUGUGACUUCUAUUCAGCUUCUGUGAGUAAAAUUCUGAGUGAGCAGCAAAGUACUGUUUGACUGUUUCCAAAUUUUGGAAAGAGUGUCUGUGGCCUUGGCAGGGCUUUGGAUUCGGUGUAAAUAGCUACUCAGUCAGUUCAAACUGACUGGGACGGGGGUCUUCUGUGUCCUUAGCUUCUGCCAGGGUGGGAUCCUGGGCAAAUGGGAGAGUUAGUCAGGGGUUUUAUAUACAGUGGUACCUCAAGUUACAAACGCUUCAGGUUACAAACUCCACUAACCUGGAAGAGUUACCUCGAGAUGAGAACUUUGCCCCAGGAUGAGAACGGAAAUGGUGUGCCAGCGGCAGCAAGAGGUCCCAUUAGCGAAAGCAUGCCUCUAGUUAAGAACAGUUUCAGGUUAAGAACAGACCUCCAGAACGAAUUAAGUUCAUAACUAGAGGCACCACUUUAUUUAUUUAUUUAUACCCUGCCCAUCUGGAUGGGUUUUCCCAGCCACUCUGGGCGGCUUCAAGCAAAAUAUUAAAAUACAGUAAUUCACAUAGAGAGAGAGAGAGAGUUGUAGCAUCUCCAUCAUACCUCUAGGCUUAGUUGAUGUUGCAAGUGCUGAUGGGCAGAUACCUGGGCUAGAGUAAUAGUGUUUUUAAUUAGUGUUUGUUACACUCUGCUUUUUCAGAGAGGUUAAAGAGGCUUUCCUGGGUCUCCCAGUGGUCUCCCAUUCAAGCAGGUCCAUCUUCCUCAUGAGUAGGCAAACUGAGGCCCAGGGGCCGGAUCUGGCCCCAUCGCCUUCUAAAUCGCAAUCAGUGUGUUUUUACAUGUGUCCUUUUAUUUAAAAUGCAUCUCUGGGUUAUUUGUGGGGCAUAGGAAUUUGUUCAUUCCCCCCCAAAAAAUAUAGGCCAGCACCCCACAAGGUCUGAGGGACAGUGGACCGGCCCCCUGCUGAAAAAGUUUGCUGACCCCUGUUACCUCUUUGCUUCAGCGGUAUAACACAAUCAAGUGCUCCCUUAGAUGCAGAAUGGCCAAGCCUUUCAGAUGCAUGCUACUUCCAUUACAAUACGUUCCAGGUAUUCUGGAAGAGUCUGACUCGGAAAUUUUAUGAUGCCCUAAUUCAGCUAGCAUCUGAUUUAGCAUGUUGGGGUUAUAUAUAUGUAUGCAUGUGGUAUUUGUCUAUCUGCCUGCCUCUGUAUUUAUUCAUUUAUUUCAUAAAUUUUACUGUUUGAUUGUAGAAAAAACUCCAAAGUGGUUUACAGAAAGAUAAAACAAUAAAAUUAUCACUAAAAAAAUUACACCAUAAUUUAAGACAAACAGAAAAUUAAAGCCACAGUAAAAUAGACUAAACAAAUUAAAACUCAUACAAGCUUUCUAGAUACCUGGGAGGCUUGUCUAAAUACGAAUGACUUCAGCAGGCUCCAAAAGGAAGACAGCGAAGGUGGCUGCCUGAUUCCAAGAGGCAGGUCUGUGCCUUCCUAAUUGCAUCCUAACCCGAAGGACAGUAACCUGAAAAAUCUUAAUUACAGCUUUGAAAAUGAUCAAUUUGUGACAUUGUUGGCCCAGUUCAAGUGCUAGGAUUCCACUUAAAUGACUGAGGACUCAGGUACCUUAAGGGACAUUGGCUCAUCUGCCCUGACAAGGAUCAGCUCCUGAAGUCCUGCUCAUCUGCCACCACUGAAGUACAGGCAGGGGGUGAGUUUGGGAAGCAGAUCCUUUUGCGUUAUGGUACCAAUGCUUUGGAAAGCCCUUUCCAAGGAAGUCCAUGGGGCUUCCCAUGCUAUAUGGGAAGGAGGGAGAUGUCGUCGCGCCACCCCUUGGUGUGUGGAAUGCCGCAGGGCACAAUCCUCUCCCCAAUGCUUUUUAACAUCUUUAUGCGCCCCCUUGCCCAGAUUAUCCGGAGCUUUGGGCUGGGUUGUCACCAAUAUGCUGAUGACACUCAGCUCUGUCUGCUGAUGGAUGGCCAUACCAACUCGAUCCCUGACACACUGACCAGAUGUUUGGAAGCUGUGGCUGGAUGGUUUCGUGGGAGCCGAUUGAAACUAAAUCCUUCAAAGACAGAGGUCCUCUGGCUGGGUCGGGAUGGUAUGGAGAUGAGGGACCAACUCCCUUCUCUUGCGGGGGCCCAAUUAGUGCCAUUGCCUUCUGUUAAGAGGUUGGGUGUAACCCUUGACGCCUCCCUUUCCAUGGAGGCGCAGAUUACAACAGCAGCCAAGGCGACAUUUUUCCACCUUCGCCGCAUCAAGCAGUUGGUCCCUUACCUUUCCCACCCUGACCUGGCCACAGUGAUCAAUGCGGUGGUCACCUCCAGGCUUGACUACUGUAAUUCGCUCUACGCGGGGCUGCCCUUGAAGCUGUCCCUGAAACUCCAGCGGGUGCAGAAUGCUGCAGCGAGGCUCCUCACGGGGUCUCUGCCAUGGGAGCAUAUUCACCCAGUGCUUUUCCAGCUGCACUGGCUCCCGGUGGAGUACAGGGUCAGAUUUAAGGUGCUGGUUUUGACCUUUAAAGCCCUUCACGGCCUAGGACCACCUCUCCUGGUAUGCCCCACGGAGGACCUUAAGGUCCAUAUAUAGCAACACCCUAGAGGUCCUGGGCCCUAAGGAAGUUAGAUUAGCUUCAACCAGAGCCAGGGCCUUUUCAACACUGGCUCCUGCGGUGGAAUGCUCUGUCUCUUGAGACCAGGGCCCUGUGGGAUCUGAUCUCUUUCUGCAGGGCCUGUAAGACAGAGUUGUUCCACUUGGCCUUUGGCUCAGAAUCAGUUUGAUUCCCUCCCCCUCUUUCUUUUUCCUUUCUCCUCCUAUGAAGAGAUUGCUCCCUAAUUGUUGUAAUGUUGUUUCUUAAUCUUUUAAAUUGUAUUUUAAUCAACUUGUUUUUAUUAUUUGUUGUUAGCCGCCCUGAGCCCGGUCUUGGCUGGGGAGGGUGGGGUAUAAAUAAUAAUAAUAAUAAUAAUAAUAAUAAUAAUAAUUAUUAUUAUUAUUAUUAUUAUAUUCAUUUUGCCAGCUAAUUAAAACCUGGCUCUUUGGGAAAGGCUGAUGGCUGACCUCUCUAGUGUUACAAAUGAUAUAGUAUUGUUUUAUUGCUUUUAUAGAUAUGUUUUACAAUUUUAGACACUUUGGACUCCUGUAUUUAGAACAUCUCUGUGUGUGUCAUUAAUGUACAUAUAAAUAAAUAAAUAUUUUCAGGAAAGAAUCUUGUGGUGCCUUAAAAGCUAACAGUUGUAUUAUGGGAUAAGCUUUCAUGGACUCACACCCAUUUUGUCAGAUGCAUCCUGUGUGCUACAGCAGUCUUUUUUAAAUAAACGUUGUCUCCAUUCAUUAAGUUACUUACUUAUUUUGUGAAACAGUUCAAUUUUAGAAAAAGGAAAUAUUCUCUCUCUCUCUCACUCACACACACACACACACACACACCCAUGGGAAAAUAAAGAAGUAGAACAUGUUCCAUUUCAGAACACAUUCUGUCCCUCUUCACAGGUUACUGCUUUCAUUUUGAAAAUAGUUGCAUGUUAAUGUGCUAGGCUUGUAAAUCGCUUCUUGCUUGGUUACCCCCGCCAGUCAGAAUCACCUGUAGCCAACUAGGCAGGGAAGUUGUCCAAUAGUUAGGUCUUAUUCAUUUCCUUUUAUGACCACAAAUCAGACAAGCUGGGAGCAAUGUUUGUGGACUACAGUCAUACCUCAUGUUAUGUCCACUUCAUGUUAUGUUCUUUCAGGUUACGUCCCGCAGCGACCCAGAAGUACUAGAAAGGUUACUUCUGGGUUUCGCCGCUCGCGCAUGCGCAGAAGCGCGAAAUGACGUCACACACAUGUGCAGAAGCAGCGGAUCACAACCCGCACGUGCGCAGACGCGCCGCUGUGGGUUGCACUCUUUUCAUGUUGCGAACAGGCCUCUGGAAUGGAUCCCAUUUGCAACCAGAGGUACCACUGUAGUAACGUUAGUGGACUUUGUCAACAAUACACAGAUCUGACUGGCAGGAUGAGUUGAUCCUUCCCAAGUUUUCUCCUUGCUGUCAUUUUAGCGAAAGGUACUCGAGCUUCCCCUUCGCUGCUGUCCUGGAACUGGUGACUCUGUUCCCCUUAUCUUACGUUCCCCUCUCCUGUUCUGAUAUUUCAGUGGCAGGGUGUGCCUGACCCUUUCUCUUUCCUCCCCUAGUGUUUGAGACCUGUGAAUGCUGCAGUCUCACAGAGCAUCUUCCAAAGAAGAGGAAGCACCUGCCAGUUGUGACUUGAUCCCACACGCCUUGGAAUGACACUUGCUACAGACUACAUGAGAGAUUCGGAGCUGGCCCUUGUGUCUCAGUGGCAAGAGCUCUAGCUCUGUAGCCCACCAGGCUUUCCUCCUAAUGCUGGGCAAGAAAAGGAGCUCACCUCAGCCUGGCAAAGAGACGUUUCAUGCCCUUGACAGCUCAGAGGGGCUUCAUCCUCGCAGCUUCCUGGGAGCUGCUCCCGAGCACAUCUCUCCUUGCCCUUGGUGCACUUCGCUGUGGCACUCCUGGUGUGACCUUCGUACUCUUAAGCCUUUGCCAUUUCUCUUUGCUCUGUUGCCUGUUUCCGGACUGGAUCAUGGGGGUUCCUCACCACCCCACAACUGUUGGAGGAAGGGUGUGAACUUUGAAAUGGCACCUGUGAAAUGCCAGGGACCUUCUGCACACACAAAGCUGCCACUAGUUGACACAAGAACUGGCUGACUGCCCAGGCAUCCUCUCUCUGCCUGCCUCAGGAUCCCACAGGACACUCGCCUUGCCUGCUGCUCGCCAUGUUUCUACUACUGCCCUUUGAUAGCUUGGUGGUUAACCUGCUGGGCAUUUCCCUGACCGUACUCUUCACUCUGCUCUUGGUUUUCAUCAUUGUGCCAGCCAUUUUUGGAGUUUCCUUUGGCAUCCGCCGCCUUUACAUGAGAACCCUGCUGCAGAUAUUCCAGGUGAGUCAAAAUUCCUGAUGUUGCUGUGAGUGGAAGGCAGCAAGAAUUAAUACCCUCCACUGGAUGGGAUGUGUCAGCAGUCAGGGUGCCUCAGAGCUUUUUACAGCAGCAGGCUUUGCAAUCAACGUUCAGGCAAGGCUUUAUUUGCUCUAGGGCUGGCUCUAGCAGCCGUUGUCAAUGCCAAGACUUAGCCCAGGAACGUAGGACGUUGGAGUCAACGAAGAUGACCCUGAGCAGGUGCAAAGUGCUACUAAAUAAGUAACUACAAAGUUUCCCCAUGCAUCAGCAAGGGGAGAGAGUUUCCAGAUCAGAGGGCAGGGUCAAAGAGCCCGUUAGCACUGCCGUCAGUUUUUCUAGAGUUUUAAGAGUGGGCUUUGUGGACCACCUUGCACAAAAGGAGGAGUGGGCACAAGCUCCCCUCUGACACCGUCCAGAUCACUUUCUAUAUGGGCUGUGAUUGGUUUGGGAGGCAGACCCCCCCCCGCCCCAGUCUGCUCGUGAUGGGCAGCUGUGUGAGCAACUGUGCUUGCGUAAGCAAAUAUAUCGAGUUUAGCAAUUGAGAGAAGAGCAGUCAAUGAAAGUGCCUCUGCUCUGCAUAAUUUUUUUUGUUUCCCUGAGGUCCACAUCUCCUGGAACCUAAAUGCACACCAUGGGCCUUUGUGCUCCAGUUCUCUUUCUGAUCAUUAAUUCUGCCAGGCUCUUAAGUGCUGGGCUGGCACAGGCAUACCCUUAGCUCCAUCUAGGAAACAUGCUGAGGGUUCCAGCGCACCCUCCUCUCUCCUUCUCUUCUUGUCUCUCUCCAGCCCUUCUGUCAGCUGGUUUCAGCAUUACAUUUACUAUUUCUAAAGUGAUUUCAAAUCAAAGUGUUCUGCAGUAGACCACAUCAUCACCAUUUGAGCUCAAUUUCACCCGAGUUGGUAACGGGCGCACACAACAGAUGCUCUUAAAUGUCUUUUUAAACAUAUGUUUAGAAGUGAGGGGUUCAAAGAGAGUGGCAUGUCCAGUUGCAUACCCUGUUCUGAAUUGCUUAACCCUGCUUAAUUGUGGGCUUACACGGGCUCAGUGCAUGUGGGUCACUAUUGCAGCUUUCUCUUCAUUUCAGUGAGGAAGCUUUGGGCAGACUCUUCUGAACUCUGAGAAGCAUAUCUUAACCAGUUUUAGAAUCCUCAUUUCAGAACCAUACCAAGAAAUGCUGCAGUGUUCUCAGCCUGAGAGAUGGUUGUGUGCUUCCUCCACUGGACUUUGGUGGAGAAAAAGCCUGUUGAUCAAGGAGGAGUGUGGGCCUGUGGUGCAAGUUUAGUGCCCUGAAUAUUUUAGUCCUUAGCUGUGUACCAGUGCAGCAGGGAGGAGGAACAGAAGGCAACCAGGAGUCCAGUUGUGGGUAUAUGGUGCCUUGGAGGGGAGAGGCUGACCUGGGCAUAAGGGGGAAAUGAGGCUGGCUUCAGGCAAUCACUUGAAAAGCUGCCCAGGGUUGUGUCUUGUUCUGUGGCUGGUUGGGGCAGAAAAUUAGGAGCACUGGAGGUGGCAGGGCAGGGAGAACUUUGCCUGGCUAGGUUGCGUGAACCCAGAACUGGCCCAGCAAUUGGGCAGGGUGAGGCCACUGCCUCAGGUGGCAGAAGCCCCCCAGGCGGCACUCCCGGGGGUGCCCCACUGCCUCCGUCAGUGAUGAUGAAGCACUGCCACCAACAACGCCAAUUUCAGGCAAGACUGCAGCCAUUUUGAACAAGAUCUCACCAAAAACCAGCCCAAUCUUGUUUGAAAUUGGCGGUGCCCAGCAGCGCAUGUGGCUGCGUUUGCAGGUAUGGGCAUGGGGUGGUGAGUGGGCAGGAGCAGGGGCAGGGCAGGGCAGGGCGACACUUCCCGUUUUGCAUCAAUCGGCCAAAGAGGGUGCGGUGUCUCUGCAUGAGCCACGUUGACGUGCAUCUUCUGCCACAACCAGCUGUCUGCUUCGUGUCAGUUCCAGAGAUCAAGUAGGCAAAAGCUGGCAAGGGCAUUAGGCAACAAGCAGAGCUCUGGCCCUGACUGGGUUAAGCUGGCUUCUUGCUGUUCCUCAUGUAACUUGGAAGUCAGCUGGAGAAAGGAUGUGUGUGCAGGUAUGGUUUUCCCUUUCCUGAACUUCCAAGGAUUUGCUUUUUUAUUUCAACGAAUACCAUAUUGACCUGAAUAAAGCUGCACUUCCCCCCAAAUUCUAACCGUGAAAAGUUAAAGUGCGGCUUAUAUUCGCGACCUUACGGUAUGCAGCCAGGAGCGUGGGGCAAACAGUGGCACCCGCCCUGCGCGUAGUCCCCCGUCCCCUCCCCCAAGAUCGGGAAGGGAGAGAGCGAGGAAGGGGAAACACUGCUGACAAUGCAGCGCGCGCACACACACACACACACACACACACCCAGUAUGCAGCAAGGAGCAGCAAGGAAGUGAACGACUUAUAUUCAGGUAUCCCCCCCCCCCUCGCUCCAAUUUAAAAGCUGCGGCUUAUAUUCAGGUGCGGCUUAUUUUCGGGCCAAUAUGGUGCUUUGGAAAAGCUUUGACUGGACCAGCCCUUUCCUAUUUUUCAGGCCUCCCGCUUCGUGGGCUGGAAGCCUCCACAGGCUGCUAUUGUUAUGAUCCAGGUCCACAGAUUGUUUUUCCAGUCCCAUCCUUCCCAGAAUUUGAUUCGGAUAUAUUUAUUUAUUUUAAACGUUUCAUGGGCUGUAUUUUUCUGAGAGGACAGCAUCUGAAGCAGGCUACCAAAAAGAAAGAAAGAUUACAAGCAUCAGUAAGCAACACUAGCAUUUCAAUUGCCAUCAGUAAAACAGGCAAUACAAACCAGGCACUGCAGCCAGAGAAAGGCAUCCACAACCAGAUUAAACCAGCAACCAGUGAAAGCAUCCUGUUUGCCUGUGAGACAGGCCUUUGUUUAUUAUGAGGGGCCAGGUCUGCCCUUGUCGGAGCAGGGAACUCAACAAACCCCACUAGGCAAAGCAGCCUUGUGUCCUGUUCAUUCUCCUCUAAGUCGCUGCUCCUCCUAGCCUGGUGUUGCCCGCCCUGAUUCAUAGUGGCUUUCUGAGGUCCUAUCCCAGCCACUCGCAGUCUUACCAGCUUAGGCUGCUGGGGGUUGCUCUCCUGCACACCUAAGAGAGAGCUUCCUGGAGCAGACCAAGGGCCCAUUGUCCUGUUCCUCAUCCAACAACAGACAGCCAAGCAUCCAGAAAGCUGACAAGCGAGUGAUGAAGCCAGUGGCCACCCCUGUUUAUCUCCAAGAUCUGGUAUUCAGAGGUGAACUACUAAAUGGAGAUGUGACUGUUGCCCAUUGGUAGGGCAGAAGGCAGGAAGGCAACUAGUAGGGGGGAGCCAGAGCCAAGUCAGUCUACUUUUGUCCCCAUCCUUCUCCUUUGCCGAGUUUCACAAGGGCAACAUGGAGGCAGUGGUGAUGGAGGAGGAGGAAGCUGACUUGGUUGUAGGCAGGCUGGUCCAGGGGUGGCUAAGAGCAGACUGAAGUUGGUGGGACAGUUCCCCAUUCACCCUAAUGGACCAGCCUCCGCUGUGUUCACUCUAGUGGUUGGUCCACCCAUCCUCUUCCCUGAACUUGUCCAGCUGUUUUGAAAGCCAUCUGUGUGAGUGUCUCUUGCCACAUUUCACAGGAGUGAGUUCCAGGUCAGUUGUGUGUGACUGGUAGGAUUCUCCUUUUUCCACUCUGUUGUCUUGCAGUGGGCAACGCUGAGGAUUGAGCGUGGGGCCAAAGAGAAGAAGCACCCGCUUUAUAAGCCCUAUGUGAAUGGUAAGAGGCCUUGCUGCCGUCUCUCUGGGGGAGGAGGGGGUGCGUGGCGGGUUUUGUUCCCCUCACUGUGUGUCUGCUGCAGGGAUCAUUGCAAAGGAGCCCACUUCCUUGGAGGAGGAGAUCAAAGAGAUCCGGCGGAGUGGCAGCAACAAGGCCCUGGAUGCCCCCGAGUUUGAACUCUCUGACAUCUUCUACUUCUGCCGCAAGGGCAUCGAGACCAUCAUGGAUGAUGAGGUGACCAAGCGCUUCUCGGCCGAAGAGCUGCAGUCUUGGAACUUGCUGAGCAGGACCAACUACAAUUUCCACUACAUCAGCCUGCGCCUCACAGUCCUCUGGGGCCUGGGCGUCCUGAUCCGCUACUGCUUCCUCCUGCCACUCAGGUAGGGCCUGGGGCCUCUUCUGAGAAAGACUGAGCUGGGUGAUGGCCCCACCGCAACCGGGGCUCCCUAUGGUCCAGGGAUGGGGAACCUGUGGCCCUCCAGCCAGUGUUGGACAUCAAUGCCCAUCUGCUCCUGCCAGCAGGGGUAGUUCUUAGGGAUGAUGGGAGUGUAGCCGAGCAACAUCUGGAAGAACCUCCCCACUUGCUCCAGAAUGAAAGCUUGGGGGGGGUGUUUCAUGUUGUGCCUGCCCCAUGGUGGAACUAUGUUAGUGGCUGGGGUACCAGUGCAGAUGGUGGUCCUGCCUCCUCAGGGUUCUCAUCUAUCUCUCUCUCUCUCCCCCCCCCCCCGCAGGGUAGCUCUGGCUUUCACUGGCAUUAGCCUCUUGGUGACUGGCACAACCAUGGUGGGUUAUUUGCCCAACGGAAGGUGAGUUCUCAAUAGUGGACCCCUACAAAGAUCACCACCUGGCAGCAGGUGCUGAAAUACUCUUAGAAUCAUAGAAUCAUAGAGUUGGAAGAGACCACAAGGGCCAUCGAGUCCAACCCCCUGCCAAGCAGGAAACACCAUCAGAGCACUCCUGACAUAUGGUUGUCAAGCCUCUGCUUAAAGACCUCCAAAGAAGGAGACUCCACCACACUCCUUGGCAGCAAAUUCCACUGUCGAACAGCUCUUCCUGUCAGGAAGUUCUUCCUAAUGUUUAGGUGGAAUCUUCUUUCUUGUAGUUUGGAUCCAUUGCUCCGUGUCCGCUUCUCUGGAGCAGCAGAAAACAACCUUUCUCCCUCCUCUAUGUGACAUCCUUUUAUCCUCUUAACUUGCUUCGGGUACUGGGAUUAAGGAGCAAACAUCAGAGGAAAACUAAUGGAUUUAAAUGUGGACUCCCUGUUUCUGCUCUUGUCUCUCUGGUCAGGCUCUGUUGAUUCAACCUUCAUAUCACCAUUUUGCCCUCGGGCAAUUAAACGUGGAACAAAAGUGGGCGAGACUUUUUCUUUGUAUUCUCUAUUUGGGUGGUGGGAAGGGGGAAUUGCCCUCAGCAUCUCAAGAAAAUUUGAAUAACUGAGCAAGAAUCUUAAAAAAAAGGCAGAGCAAAGGAGAAAUAGAACUCUGUUAAGAUGAUGCCAUUCUCACUAAAAGGUCAGAGCUUAUCAGUAUAUCCAGAAGGCUAGCCUUUCUGCCUUUCACCCCAACCCUCUUGAGUCACACCAGUCCAAAGGGGGCUUCCCUGAGAACUCCCUCUUUUUGCAUGUGUGCAACUUGUGCAAAAAGCAACUUGUGAGGAAGCACCCCCACCACAGGGCUGCUGUUGCACAGGCUUCACACGGCAGGCUCCAGCCCUUUCUUAAAAGUGGGUCCAUUGACCAAAGCCACCAGUCCAGGAAAAUGGCAGGAUCCUUCUGUCUGCACCCACUGGAUUUGGAGUCGUUCCUCAUCAGGGGAUCAUCAGAAGAAAAGGAUGGCUGCGGUUUUCUCUUUUAAAGCCAUGCUGCCACCUCUUCCUUCAUGUAGUCCUAUCUGGUUGGUGAUUUUGAAAGCCAGCUGCUUCCAGAGGGAGGCGCUAAAGGUUGCCUGGUAUGUGGCCAUUUGGAGAUGUGUGUCUUCCUCUUUUCUUUAGGUUUGUAAGUGCUAUUUUGAGGAAAGCAGGGGCACCUAGACAUAGAUGGUUACUCUAUGCUAUAGCCGUUGUGAUAGUGUGUUUUUAAUAGAUUUUUAAAAUAAACGUAUGCACAUAGUUUUAAUAUUUAAUAUUAAGCAUUCUAUUACGGUUUAUACAGUAGUUGUUGUUAUUUUCUUUUUUCUAGCUGUUCCUAUUUUAUCUGCAAGCUACUCUGAGUACCUAUUAGGGAAAAGGGUGGAGAAUGAAUGAAUGAAGGAAGGAAGGAAGGAAUAGCCACAACAACAACUUUCAAUUUAAUCAGGUGUUUGCCCUUUAGGUGCAAAGAGUUCCUGAGCAGGCACGUUCAUCUGAUGUGCUACCGGAUCUGUGUGCGAGCUCUCACAGCUAUCAUCACCUACCACCACCGGUAUGGAGGGGAUGGGAGGAAGGUUGUAGUACACAUGCCCAGAAAAGGGGGAAUGUUGACUGGGGCCUGUGUGUUGGCUGCAUUUCUGUGGCUUUCAUUUUAAAAAAACAGAAAGAGGAGAGAACAAGUUUUUAGAUCUUAUGGCUGCAAAAAGAAUGCCUGAUAAUGUGAGAAGCCAGGAAGGUGGUUGAACAAGAAUCCCAAUAGUCAGAGGGUACGAUCAGUGCCUUUACAGCUCCUCCUUAUGUCUUCUUAAAUAAAGCACCAGCAAAACAUCUGUACAGCAACACUGAAACAUGCAGAAGCAAAACAAAGCUAUUAUUAAAAUCACUGGCUGUUCAAGGGACAUUUUAAGCAACUGCAUAGGCCUGUUGACAUUAGAAAGUCUUCAAGAGAAAUGUGAAAGUCAAAAGCAAUGGUGCCUGAUGACUCUCUGUGUCCUGGCUCACAGCCUCAGUAUCUGCUCUAAGUACUGGAUACAUGGUUCAACCAUUCAUAAGCUGUGUUCAUAAGCAAAGAUGCUGUCCCAACACUUCCCAGGUUCCUCCUGCUCUGCUUUUAAAGACGCUUGCCUAGAGCUUGCACAGCUUCUCCUGAUUCUGAUGCUAUGGAGAACUAGGGCUGCAUGUCCUCCGUGUGCUAAUGGCACUGUGCUCCAAAACACCUAAGGACCGCUCCCAGUGGUUUCAUAUAGAGGUUAAAUAGCAUUGGCUACAAAAUAGUGCUCUGUGGAACCCCCUAGCACAGGUGCCAGGGAAUGAACACUCUUAAAGUGCUCCUCUCAUGGGGAGGAAUAGAACCCCUGUGCCCAUUGCACAGAGUCAGUCUCAGGGGAAUACCGUGGUCAGUGGUCUCAAAAGCCAGCGAGAGAUUGAGUCAUAGUAACAGAGCUGUACUCCCCUGAUACAGGGGCAACCAAGGCCUAUUUAGUUCUGAAAGUCAGGUUUAAACCCAGAUUUGAGCUGGAUAAUCAGUGUCAUCUGCCACUGUCCCCAAGAAUGACAUGUUUAGCAAUGUAGAAUACAUUGUGCAAACAUGGGACACAAAUUAAUAUAAUUUAUAUGGGUCAUAGAUCUGAGGUUUCUUUGACGCAGAACUUCAGGAUUGUUGGUUUGUUUGUUUUUUAAGUUCAGAACACAUAAAAACCUGAUUGUAUCUACUGUGUGUGAACUGUGCCAUUAUCUGUGUGGCAGGGCAUUGAGGUUGCUUGUUCCUUAAGGAUAGAAAUUGGGGGAAGAAGGACACAUGGAAGGAGGCCCCCUGCUGAAUGCUUUUCCAGGACAGGCUGAGCUUGUGCUUCAGCCUUUUUCUUUUUUCUUUUUUUUUCCCUUUGGCUAAUCUCUUUUUCUUUCCCAACUUCAGGGAAAACAGACCCCGCAAUGGAGGAAUCUGUGUGGCUAACCACACGUCCCCGAUUGAUGUCAUAAUUCUGGCCAGUGAUGGUUACUAUGCUAUGGUGAGGAUGGAGAACCAUGUGCGUGUGUGUGUGUGUGUGUGUGUGUGUGAGAGGAGGAUCACUGUGUAGCAGCAGAAGGUUCUUGAACAUAACGUUUAUUGAAAAUACUGGAUUCGUUUUUGAAAAAUCAGGGCCAUUGCCCAAUUCUGUCAGGCAGCAUUGGUGGCACUGGGUUGUUUUUAAACCAAUCUGUCAAUGUGCCCCGCCCAACAGCCAUGGGGAGGAAGUAUGUUCUGUUCAUGCUGCUACGAUGUGCCCACCACCCAAAGGAACAGUCAUAAGAUAGGAGUGUGGAAGCUGUUUGAACUCUCCUUGAGCAUCCUCGCUGCUCCUGCCUUUUUCUUGAACCUUGGGAGCUCGUCUGCAGGCAGAUGGGGGAAUCAUUUGGCGCCCUUGGUGGUCUCUGGAGAAUGUCAGGUGCUUGGGUGGUCUGCUGCAGCUAUUUGCACACUCCUGAGCUUCUUAGCCAAGAGAGGCCUGUGUUCCUCUGCAGCCCUCCCUGAGGACCCUGUGCUUUUGGACAAAGGGAGGACAGGUGUCUCCCACAUUCCAUGAUGGGUGGGUAGCAGUCAGGUCCCACAUUCUCACCUUCCUUAACACUUGGCAUUCCUGCGGGAUGGAGAGUUUUAUACAGACAAAGGUCUCUUCCUUUGCAAGUAGAGCUGCUUGAUGUUGGCGUGGCUGUCUUAAUGGGAGGCUGCUGAACCAAAGUCUCCCCCCACACCCUGACUGACCUAUGACCUCUUUUCUGUUCCUCAGGUGGGCCAGGUCCAUGGGGGGCUCAUGGGGGUAAUCCAGAGGGCCAUGGUCAAGGCUUGUCCCCAUGUCUGGUUUGAACGCUCGGAGGUGAAGGAUCGCCACCUGGUGGCUAAAAGGUGGGUGCACAAUCUGUCCCUGCUCCAUAUGCCCAGCAGGCAAGGCUUGUGGGUUGUGCUGCGUAUAGUCUGGGGAGUUGCAGCUCUGACUGGUGACAGACUUGGCUACCUGGCUGAUUUGAAGUUGAGGAGCUUGCUUGGUGGUUGCUGGGGCUGCUGGAAUCUUCUUCUGGAUCAGCCAGGCAUGUACCUCUCAGUGAUACACACACAUGCUCUCUCUCUCUCCUUUCUACCUGCAGGCUGUCCGAACAUGCUCAUGAUAAAAAUAAAUUGCCCAUCCUUAUUUUCCCUGAAGGUAAGCAAGAAUUAAGGAAGAAGGGUUAAGUCCCAGGGCUCUCUAUAGUCAUGGUGCCCCAGCCACAGGACGGAUGAAAGCAUCCUAUUAAACAUAUAAACUGUAGAGGCAAGUAAAGGCUGGAGGGACUCACAGUCCUGAAUUCCAAGUACCUAACAGAAAGCAGCCACUUGGGUGGGUAGAGACUGAAGGCCACUCUAUCCCUGCAUCUCUAUGGCCCACAACUUCUUGGCUUGGUAUGGUUCACCACUGAAAAUACGUUCUGUUUGAAAUUGGAUGUGCCACUCAGACUUCAUUGAAAGCUAUGCCCUUGAUUUAUGCCACAUUCUCACAAAUACACAGGCUUCCCCACCCUACCCCACCCCCAUGGGUAAGUCCUCUGUCCCACCAUUGGUGAUCCCUGUUCCUACAGAAACGGCCAUUUCUCUUCACAGGCACUUGCAUCAACAACACUUCCGUGAUGAUGUUCAAGAAAGGGAGCUUUGAGAUUGGUGCCACUGUUUAUCCGGUUGCUAUCAAGGUGAGAGCUGUUACCAUUGAGCAAAGCACCCUGAAGCUUGCUAGGUAGACCUUGGGGACUGGAGGAUAAUGCCACUGUGGUCUGUAUGGAGCCAGGAAUGCUGGAGAGUUGAGAAGCCCUGGGAAUUUCUGGCAAGAGGUUCCAGAAUCUUGUACUAUGCAACACAGGCCCUGCAACUUUUCACAACCUCUCAGCCUGUUAUGCCAUUGAAAGUAUUUACUCUUGGGCUUUACAUUGGACACGUUCCACUGGGGAGUUCUGUAGAUGAGCCACCUUGGAAUGAUUGGGAGUGAUCCCCAUUUAUUCAUCGGGACUUUCAUAGGAGAAUUCCCCACUAGCCUAUGCCUAUUUGGACUAAAUUUCAGAUCCAUGGAAUUUGUUUGGGGCACAUUCAAAACUUGCAUGAGCAUGUAGAGAGUUGGGUAAAGCAGGCCACUGCACGAUGGCACACAGACAGAGGAAUUUCAGCUGCAUUGCUCUACACCUUGGGGUGGGGACCUAUGGCCCUUCUUGAACUUUAAGCUCUCAUCAUUCCCAGCAAGCAUGGUCAGUGGCCAGGAAUGAAGGAAGUUCUAGGUCUUCAGCAACAUCUGCAGGUUCCCCACACUUGGUCUUCCCCACAGUGAAAACUGGGCAUGUUGCUCUCUCAGCCUAAUUUACUGAUCUCAUGGGGUUGUUGUGAGGAUGGAACAGGAUAAUCUCAUGUAAACUGAUCUGAGCUCCUUGAAGGAAGAGCUGGACACUGCUGUUUAAGAAGGAUGUUGACAAGCUGGAAGGUGUGCAGAGGAGGGCAACCAGGGUGAUCAAGGGUCUGGAAACUAGCCUGAUGAGGAAGAGGGGUUGAUGGAGUUUGGUAUGUUUAGCUUGAAUAAGACUGAAAGGUGAGAUGAUAGCCAUAUUCAAACAUUGUAAGGACUAUCACAUGGAAGAGGGAGCAAGCUUGUUUUCUCCUGCUCCGGAGGGUAGGACCCAAACCAGUGGAUUCAAAUUACAAGAAAGGAGAUUCCAACUAAACACCAGGAAUAACUUUCUGACAAUAAGAGCUGUUCAACAGUGGAACAGACUUCCUCAGAAGGUGGUGGACUAUCCUUCAUUGGAGGUUUUUAGACAGAGUUUCGAUGGACAUCUGUCAGAGAUUCUGUAGUUGCAGAGUGUUGGACUAGAUGCCUCUUGAGUUCCCUUCCAACUUUAUGAUUCUAUGGAUGCAAAUAUCAUAAAUGGAAAUCCUUUAUUGAAAGGCAGUUCCUACAGGCAUAUUUCUUGCCGUGUGUUGAAUGUGGCAUAAACCUCUUUUGCUUUCAGGAGGUGUUGAGUUCUCUAUCUUCCCCUCCCUCCCAUCCUUUUGUCCUUCAGUAUGACCCCCAAUUUGGAGACGCCUUUUUUAACAGCAGCAAAUACGGCAUGGUGACUUAUCUGCUCAGGAUGAUGACCAGCUGGGCUAUAGUUUGCAGUGUCUGGUACCUGCCGCCAAUGACCAGAGAGGUGGGUACCUGAACUUGGAGUAGGGUUGUUAUCAGAGAAAUGGCAGCCAUCCCCACCAGGCUCCUUUCUGCAAAUUCCAACCAGCCUUUGUUCUUUUUUAGCCUGAUGAAGAUGCUGUGCAAUUUGCCAAUCGGGUGAAGUCUGCCAUUGCUAGGCAAGGGGGUCUUGUGGAUCUCCUGUGGUGAGUCCUGAAGCUGAUGGAUCGGGAGGAUGGGGAGAAGCUGGGAGUCAUGCCAUUGGUCCACCUGGCCCAGUGCUCUGGACACAUUUUGCUUGGAAAGCAAUGGCUCUACCUCUGAGCUCUGCCCACUCAGGGAAGGGCCGUGAGAGUAGCAGCUUCCUUACCUGCAGAAGGUCCCUAGUUCAGUCCCCAAAGGCAUGUGUGGGCAGGGCAGGAGAUGUCCCUUGCAGAAAACCCUGGAGAGCCUCUGUCAGGGUAGACAUUCCUGGGUUAGAUCAGCCAAUGGGUUGGCUGAUCUGGGUUAGAUCAGCAUUUGUAUAAGGCAGCUUCCUAAGUUUCUGUGUCACAGCCAUGUUGGGAUGUGGAUGGGACUCUAUCCUGGCUAAAUCUAUGGCUUCCUUGGGCUCAGUCUACAUGUUAAGAUUCCUGCAUUGCAGAAGUUUGGAAUAGAUGAUCCUCCGGGUCCCUUCCAAGUCUAUAAUUCUAUAAUUAUGCAGAAUUUCAUGGUUCUUCCUACUACAUUUUUAAGAGCUCAAAAUCAGCUGUAUGCCAGUAGAAGAAGCCUCCUUCACCUUUAAAAGAUGUGGGGAGGUUGAUUUUAAGCUGGAAAAGAAUAGGGAGAGUAAAGACUUCAGCAAUGUUUCAUGUUUGGCAGCAGCCUGCGUAGGAUGUUCUCUGUUUAAAGACCAAUGUGGUGGGGAGAACCAUGGACACUGGCCUCAGCUGUGGCUUGAGCCUCCAGCAACCCAAAGAGCCUGCAGCGUCUCUGCAUCCAGCCGCUGCUGAGCCUUUUCCACAGUGGAUGGAUUAUGGGAGUGGGGCUGGCCAAGCAGCCUUGAAGGCGCUGGCUGUGGUGGGGUAAGCCCAUGCGCCUGAGACUCCCUCCUUAGCACUGCCACAUGAUAAAUCUGCACACAGCGGCUGUUAGUAGAAUUUGCAAGUGCAGUUUUUCCCUUCCUGCUGGCCAGGGCUGUACGUUCCCUCUUGCACGCUGGUGCUUUUAGCCAACAGGGGAGUAAUUUUCUUUUCUUGUCCGUCUGCUCUCUCCCUCUCUCUUUUUCUAGGGACGGAGGCCUAAAGAGGGAAAAGGUGAAGGACACCUUCAAGGAAGAGCAGCAGAAGCUCUACAGCAAAAUGGUUGUGGGCAACCAUGAAGACCGAAGCCGCUCCUGA